AAUUCCGAGCGCACACAUCCCUCAGUAUUUCCCUCAGCCAGACGCUCGGUAUGAGCUCCGUUUUCUCCAGGCGGACGCGUGGAUGAAUCAAAUGUUUUCUUUACGGUAUGCCGCCUGAUGCUGACUGAGCUGCAGUCAUUUAGGAAAAAAUCUCCCCCCCUUCCCCCCUUGUGCCGCGUUGUGUUUUUCGGAUGCGCCAUGCAAUCUCGCUGGUGGAGUUUAGGCAUUCGUCUGGUGGCGUGGACAUGGAUUUGGAGUCUGUCAUCGCUCGGAGCGUGGUGCAUCCCUGCAAAUGAAGGUAAAACCGGCAAAGACAGAGAGAUUCCGACCUGUUUGGUGCGCGACUGUGCUUUUCUAGGCAUUGACAAGUCUGGUCUGUUCAUGGUCUGUUGUGUACCCCCAGUGCCCCAGACCGUCGGUCUCCGGGCAGGCUGGAGAAACCCUAUAGAAAAUGAGGUCGCUUGUAAAAUUUGAGGGGAUCAUUUUAAUCACAGCUUCUUCAAUAAGUGUUUAAUGACUGCGAGUUCAUAGAUGCGUAAAACAGAAGAGUGGACCUCUGGACGGUGGCGACAUGUUCUCCAGAAACCGGUCCUUUGAGAACUUGGCAGCAGAGAGAAGCGCACGGCGCGCUGCGAAAACCACUGUCUGCUUUCAGUCUCAAACGGUUCCUCUUCAACGCAUGAGAAGCUUAUAUAGGCUAGACACUGAGCCUAAUACACAUUGGGAAAAUGUAAAGUAGAAGAGUUGAAAAAUCAUUGAUUGUUUGAAUUAUUUUUAUUCUAUUUUAUAACAAAAACCUUUAAUUUUGCGGUGAUUUUUUUGUUUAUUUCUCAAUUUGAUUCUUUCAGAGCUGUCUGCCGUUUGUCUUUGCACAUCAGACAGUAAAUGUACCGUCAGCCUGUGAUUUACAUGGCAUAUUGCAGUGAUAGCUUAUCUUUCUGAAUGAUUAUCAGUUACCUUUGGUAUUUGUUGGAUUGGCAGACUGUUAACUCAUCAGUUUGAUUCAGCUGAACUUGUGCAUUUCUCGUUCCCACGAUAUUGUCCGCAAUCUGGGCAGCAUUAAUAGCACGAGAUGAAGGCCUUUUGUUUGAGGCUAUUAAACAGCAUUAUCCGGGAAAGGCACCGCAUUCAUCAACCUGCUUAUUCUUCACAUGACAGAUUUAUUUGGUCAACGUCAAGAGUCACCGUGGUGGUGGUGGCUCUAAAAAAAAAGUGUGACCACGGGACACAGAGGCAUGUAGUGGGGUCAUGAGUCCUGGAGAGGUUUAAUUCUCAUUUUCUUAUAUUGGUGAAAUUUGUACUGUGCUUGAAGAAAUGACAUCCAUUUAACCAGCUGUAAACUUGUACACAAUAAGAGUUAAGUCUUUCAAAAGUCACUUGAGACUUAAAAAACUCUCUUCUUGAAAAGCUUUUGCCAGGGGCUUCCACUCAACACUGACUAAUUAUUUGGCAUCAUUUGUUUGGAAAGUGAAGCAAAUCAAUUAAUCCCCUUAUUUAGGUAGAUCACUGCAAAUGAAAACAAAGGAUUAAACAAAUCAUCAGCCCAACUCUUAGCAUCUUCUUAAAGUUGAAAGGGACUUUCAGAUGCAUGCAAGACUUGCUGUUUGCAUAUGCGUGAGUAUAAAAGAGUAAUUCAGGUCUCAGACUGCUCAGACACCCUGCAGCAGAUUUUCCUCGUGCAAACUGUCAACAAAGUUCACCUUUCAUUUUCAUUGACAUGGUUGCAAAGUUUGGAUACAUCCUUGAUUUUGUUCACAUCUUUUUCUGCUGUCUCCACCACUGAUUGAUAAGAAAGAGGAUACUUGAACACAUUUUGCUUCCUAGGUUAAAUUUCUUUAACUUUAUUCACCGUAUUAAAAAAAAAAUCUGGGGAGCCAGAUGUCCAUAUCUGUCCACAUCUGAGAUAUAUUUCUAUCAUAUCUGAUGGAAAUGAGCCCAGUUAAGAUGAUGUGAAGGGUGUGAGAGAUCUUUUGGUUUUGCUUUUUGUGUGUAAUGAGUACAUUUUUUUGUGAAAGACUUUUAGCAAGUGCAUUGGUGCUGGAUUUCCUGUGCAUCUGUGUUUGAAAGAGAGCAGGCCACGAGUCCUUUGGGAUCCAAACCAACAUGCUGAAUCAAUCAUAAAUUAGAGAGAGAAAAAGAGGCCAGCAUGUCGAAGAAAUAGUGAGUUUUGUGACUUAACAUUUAGAUUUUUGAUUAAGAGGACAGACCAUAUAAGGAUAUUGGCUGUGAGACACGUCACCUGAUUUGCCUUGCAGUUGUUAGAUCAAAUUGUUCAGUUAAUUUCCAGAGUUAUAUUAUCCACUCAUUUUUCAACAUAUUUGAAUCACCUCUAAGUAAUGUAACCACAGGACUGUGCUCAUUCUCUGGUAAUCACUUUAAAUGACAAGUUAACACCAUUGUGACUACCGAGAGCUAACUUGUUCGGUAGUUUGAUCCUUAGAGAGAAUGAGUGCAAGUAGAAUAGGUAAUAUACCUCUUAUGAUCUAGUUCAGCAGCACUUAUCUCUUCUUUAUGGCCUAAUUAAAUGUGUAAUCGCCUCCUAAGGACAUCUUUUAAUAUUCUCUGCAGAGCAGUGGAGACACUAAGACUAGGGCGGUGCAUGGUGCAUGUGGGUGUGUUAAGGAGCGCUAGUAAGUGAGCAUGUCUCUGAGACUGUAACUGCAGCUCACUUCACAAGUUCAACUGACUCCACCCUCUCAUGUUCGGGAUUGUGUUGACAUAAGUGCAGGGUUCUGCUUUUUUAAUAGCACCGCUUAUCACAGUACAUAUGACUGGGAGCGUAUUACCUAACAGCUGGGCAAAGACAGAUAACAGAUGCAACUUUGCAUGACUGAUUUAAUCUCAUACAUACAGGAUGUUUACAUACAUACAGUUAAAAGAUAAUACUGGUCGUUUUGAUACAACUGUGAAUACCAACUGCCAUGCUAAGGGGAAAACAAAGGAAUAUUUAAUAAUUUAGACUUAGAUACAAUACAAGAAACCUUGGCAUGAUUUCUUCUGCUCUGUAUACCAAGUUUGAAAGAUGUCACAACCAGUAGAAUUAGCUGGCUUUCUCAUAUCAUUGAAAUCAGUAAAAGGAAAGUGCGAGCUCUACCCAUUUGAUAUUGUUUACUAAGUAGAUUCACACAGAAAUGACAGCAUUAAAUUCAGCCUCCUGUGACUGAAGAAGUUAAGAAGAGUUCAUAUGUUUCACGUCUGUCUAGCAGAUGUUAAAGGAAAGCAAUAACAACUUUGAUUAUUGUUGUUGUUGUAAUGUUGACAUGCUCAUAGUAGGUUGUGGUUUUAAUUUACAUUAAAAGUAUCUUGAGAUAUAAAGUAUGCCAAAAAAGUGAGUGUUGGUGGAUGAAGGGAGUAAAAAAGUGCAUUUACAAAUAAAUAUCUCAGGAGGCUGGGUGAGAUUUUAAAGCAUGUGACAGAUAUCAAUCUGGUUCUGGCUAUGGUUUGUUCAUAUUUCUAGCUCUUAAACUGCUCCCACUCAAUGGAGAUCACCUUGACAGUCUCACUCAUUUGAUCUUGUUUGGUUGUGUUUGAGUAUAAUAUGAGAAAUAUGAGAUGAAGAAGCCUCACAGAGUUUGAAUUGUAUGUAUUUAAUGCAUAUCAUGUCGAGUCACACUUAAACAAACUUUGUUUCAGGGCAGCCACAAGAAAAGUCUUAUUUCUUUUAUACAACCUAAGCUACCGUUUCCAGCAUCUGCAUUUUUCUUUCAUAAAGUGUGCCACGGUGUUAAAAUCAUACUGAAACAAACAUUUGUCCGUUAAUCGUUUGGUUACACUGCACUCAGACUUAAAGCUGAAUGGGGUUCAGCAGAUACCUUGGAUGCAAACAAAGCCACUAAAGAAAAAGUUGUACCCUGGAGACAUAUUCUUUGAAUUAGCUUUCAUGAGGGAAAAUAGACAUAAUUUUUGGCUGCGUGUUUGACAAGGAUUUGUGUGUCUUUGUUUCCUUUUCGGCAAACUGGUAAAAAAAAAAAUGAGACAGACAGCAAAGACUGUGACCAGCUACACAAUCAGCUUUCAGUUGAAAGACUGAGAAUUGAAUGAAUCAAUUUGAGCGGAGAGAAGUGUUCAGGGAUUGAGACAAGCUGGAGUUUUUGGUCAAUGAGAUGCACAAGAAGCUGAAAAGAAAUAUGUCACUGUUUCAAACCCAAAACUUGGAGCUUUGAAAACAUUGAACAUGACGUAAUUUUGCAUCUUAUAGGAAAUAAACCUGUAAGAUUACAUCUUGUAAACAGGUCUGAUGUGAAUUUAGAACUUCUCUCCAGACUCGUUGUUUAAUCCCUCUUUCUCUUAAUUCUAAUUCUACCAAAAAUCUGUAGAUCAUUUGGGCACGUGUUUAUGGAGACUAUGACAGAAGAAAGAAGUUGGACUGUAGUAUUAUAGAAUGACUCAAAUGUUGUUUUCUUUUUAUCUGUAUGAUUUCUUUUUAUCCAUUGCUUCAUAAUGAGUAUCUGUGUUUUCUUCAACAGUUAACCUGCUGGAUUCUCGCUCUGUAAUGGGAGACCUGGGAUGGGUGGCAUAUCCAAAGAAUGGGGUGAGUAUGAACAUUGAGGAGAUGUUUUCUUACAGAAAUGAUCAUUUAUGAUAAAACCAGACCCUUAUUUUUGCUGCUAAUACCCACAACUAUACUUUUUAGUAUUUCUUCUUGUUUGGCAUUCCUCCAGAGCUGUAUGGUUUCUCUAGCUGUUUAGAUGGCUUAAAGUGUGCGGGGGUCUUUUGAUUGAUUUAAAAAAUGAGGAGUUUUUUUAUAAAAGACUGAGAUGAACAGUGAUAAGUCUUUUGCAAAUGAGACCAUCAAUGACAAGACUGACACUUUCUAUUUAGCUAUUUUUGAAAGCCUGUCACUGUUGUGAGGGGAGCUACAUUUAGCAAACAGCCAUUGUUAAUUUUUCCAAAAUGCACUAGUGAUAAAAUUGAGAGGAAAAUGACAACAGGCGGACUUUUUUUUCUUUGGUCAGUAAACACCUCUUAAAGAAAGAUGAGACAAAUCAGGGUUACCAAUUUGUCCACAAGGGGUGCCAAAGUCACACAUGAGCUUUAAAGGUGGGGUAGGCAGGAUCUGAGGAAGUGCCAGUAUUUAGGAGAAAUCUUGAAUGUAAACUCUACCCCUCCCAAACAGUUUUCCCCUCAGCUCCUCCUCUCCCCUCUCUCUCUGCUCCAGCAAGCCCCGCCCACAAACAGACACUGCUGCUCGCUCGUAUCGUUCCAGUUAAAUUCAGAUAUAAUGCAGAUAAAUACUUUAGAUAAUUACAAAUGGGGCCCAGUCAACGUCAAAGUAAAAAGCAUUGGUGCUACUGUAGAUGCCAACAGACUACCAGCAAACACAAUGUUUGCAGGACUUCUACAACUAGGUGGCAUAGUCCAGGACCCGAGGUCAACAGCUUAGCAGCACUACACAACGCUACAGCAGGUCCCAUUUGACUAGAAACACUUCUGUUACAGACACUUGUCUUAUUUUGUUAAAGCGGUCCAGUAGAAAGGUUACAGGGUCCAUAAGAUCCCGAAGCGUCACCCAAUGUCUAUGCUCCAAUGAUGUUGACCAGCUUUUUAGCUCUUGUCCGGUGUACCUCCGUUUUAAGCCAUAGUCUCUGGUAUUUACUCCAUUUUCUUUCUUGUGUCGGCAUUUGUAGCCAAAGGAGGAUUCAGACAAUUUUCCGUACUUACUGGUUGCUUUCUACUAUCCGAUGUUGUUGCACGCUAACUUUGUUUGGGCUUGUAAACAUUAAUCGAGGAUGUGGAGUGUGGAGAAUGGCUUUGUUUACAGUCAGAAAAAGCGGACCGCUCAAAAAAAUUGAAAUGCUGACUACACAGACAUAAAAAAACACAGCGAUAUCAUUAUAUUACCAAAUGUCAUCAAUAGCUAAUAGCUAUUGACUGAUAUUAAAAGAUUUUUAAUAAAAAACAUGCUUCUUUAACAGAUUCCUGCCUACCCCACCUUUCAGUUAUCAAAACAGGGUUGAAGGCUAAAGAUAAUUUACUCCUAUUAUAUUAUUAAUGUAUAUAAUUAGUGUGUAAAAUUGUGUAUGUGUGUAGGAUUCCAAGUAGUAGCUUGUUGAAAGACUGACAGAGGUUUAAAAAUAUGAACUAAAAACGAUGUUCUGAGAAAUUAAUUCAUGUGUUCCAGAGUUUAAGCAUUCGUUGUUCACGGCUCAAUCUUCUGCAUCCUCCAGGGUAAAAGAUAGAGCUGUUGUGGAUUUUUGGAAAGAAAUUCAUAAAUGCAUCUAUCUCAUUCACAUGUAAAAUCUCUCAUAUAGUCACCACCACUGGUGUUGGCAAAUACUGUGUGUAGCUGCACAAGCCACACCAAAUAGUGCUGAUUGUGGAGUUUUUCUCAGCUCUGGGGAUUCACAUCACAACCCAUUCUGUGGCUGCAUGUAGAUUGGAGUGAUAUUGCUGACAAAAGCAGCUGUAUGCACAAUCAUAUUAAUGAAGAUGUGAUUAUAGUGUGGGGGUUCCUACAAUGCAACUGCAUAAAUAACUGCAUUCAGGGGAGAAAAUAAGAGAUGCGAUAAGAAAAUGGACGAAUCUCAUUGUGACAGACUCUCUUAUUGGUUAUUAUGUUUCCACCAAGCUCCAGAUUAAGCUGAUGAGGAUGCUUUUUAUUUCCUACUGAGAGUACUGUCUAAUGAAAAGACACACAAUUAUAAUGUAAUCCAUGUUCAGCAUUUUAACAACUGACACAAUUGUUGUUGGACAGUUUAAUUACUGUCAUGCUGUGUUUGUAUAAAGAUCUGCAGGUUACACUCGCACAUUUUCCACACAAGCAAACACACAUGCUCACUGGGGAGCCGCAGUUUUGUGUGCAUAAAAAAACAUAAUGAAGAGGCACAAGUGUAUUUUUUUAGUCUCGCGCUCCAGAUGGUUUGUUUGAUCCCUGGUUUUGCCUCCUCCUCCCGACUUCACCCCUUCAUCUUUUCUCCUUUCAUUCUUUUUGAGCUUAGUUUUAAUCACCAUUCUCCCAUCCCAUCUAGCAUUCGUUAACUCUUCAUCCUCCUCUUUAAAUUUUUUUGUCAGUUGCUUGUCUUUUUAUCUCACCAUCAUGUUUAGACUGCUUUCGUUUUUCCAUUGCUCAAUUGUGCUUGAAGGAUCUUCAGAUAUGCGUUGAAAACAUACCUGCUGCUACUAAGUUUCACAGUAACGCCUCGGUGCACUAAAACCACAUUGCAAGGAGUAUCUAGCCAUGCGAAUAGCUUGGUUUUAUGUGCCUAUUUGAACAAGCUCUUCAACUUCUGUAACUUCCCCUGAAAUUAUGUAAAAAGUAGAAAAAGAUUUUUUUAAAUUCUUUUUAUAAUUCUGAACAGCUUGUAAGAUAUCUGCUGGUAAAUCCAUGUGUAUCCACAGUGAAGGGUUUUUGUAAUUUGAGUGAAAUGGCCUUAUAUGAGGGGCUUAUGUGAACUGCAUUAAAGAAAAAAAGAUGUCAGGAUUUAACUUCCCAAACAAUUAGGUAAAGAUGUCCCUAUACGAUAUUGAUAUCAACAAAAAACGAAUAUCGGAUUAUAUCAGCCUGCAUCUAAAAUCUCUGAUACAAGCAGUCCAUUCCAGACUCUGCUCCAGCACCUCUAUCUAGCAGCGCCGGGAUCCAGCAUGCAGAGCCUACAUGAUCACACCAACAGUGUGUACGAAGGUACUAACAAAGUAGCAAGGAGUAGGAGUGAUGUCGGCCAUGUGACAGUAUUUUCUGUUUAAAUCAGAAAAGACGUUGCAGCUGAGUGCAAAACUUGUCAUGCACAAGUUUGUGCUUAUGUCAAAUCAAUAUCAGUAUUAGCCAAUACUGAAGGCUACAAUAUCGGUAUCAUAUUGGAAGAAAAAAGUUGUAACAGGACACCCCUGCAAAUAGGUACUGUUUUUAACAGGACUAAUCGCGCUUGUCAUAUUUGCAGCAGUGCUGCGACAAAGCUCUAACAUCAUCAUCAUCAUCCCCUUGUAUUUAGAUAUUAAUCCCACAUAAUGACAUAAUAUUGGUUUCCCACUGUGUGAUUUCACAUUGUAUUAUGGCACAAAAAACACAGAGCUGCUCUGUCGUCUCCCUCUUGGCCAUUACACUUCUCUUCUUUUCCAACUGAAGGCAAGAAGUCAAUAUUGUGCGCUGAAUUUGCAGUAUGAUAAAAUGAUUUUGAGAGACAAAGGAGCAAAGCAGAAAUAGAGAAAGUAUAAAAUCAAGAUAAAACUGAUAGACAUGAAAGCUAGAUGUCCCUGCAUUUCUAACAUGGUUUGUCUAGACCCAACAGUGUCAGUUUUUUCCUCCAAAACUAUAUAUAUUUAAACUAAAUGGCCCCUAAUGCCUAUUACCAUGUUCACUCAUUUAUCGACAUAUUAAAUAAAUAGACUAAGUGGACUAUCUAAAUCUAGUCCUCUUUACAUCAUGUCACAUUCACAUCCAAACUCAUUUACACACUAAUGGCCCACCUUUUUUUUUGUCAUUUACGCACCAGUAGGGGUGGGUGGGGUCAAGUGUCUUGUCAAAGGACACUUCAGCAUGUGGACAGCCGGGAUCAAAUCCCUGAUCUUCCAAUAGGGAGACAAUCGACAGCCGUCUUUAAAUAAGCAUUUUGUUAAGAGGAGUGUGCAAAAUCUGUCUUUUCUUCUAAUUUAAAGCCCCAAAUUGUAAACACACAAUUAUAAUUCAGUUUGGAAAUGCAUUACACUGAGAAAGUGAGUGUGCCAUUUAUCAGAACUUAUGAAGCAAAAAUCAGAUCGCAUAAGUAGAAGUAGCUAUUUGUAGUUAAUCUUAACAGGCAGGGGAUCAUGUUCAAUUAUUGUUCAGUGACAAGUUUUUAAAGUUUGGCUCUAAGUAGGUGUCAUAUCCCAUUUACAUUUAGUCAUUAAAAACAGUUCAUGAAGCAUGCAACCUGCCAGAGUCAACGAAAGAAACCACAUUUUAAAAACAAACACUUGACCGAUUUAGCCUCAUGACAAACUAGAGAGGGUCGUCUCUUGAACCCCCUGCUGUGCCACUAUUAAUGGUCGGGGUGUGAGUCUUUGUGUGCACAUGUGUGUGUGUGCAUAUGUAUGUGUGUGUUUUAAGCUGUGUAAAGCUCCGAACAGGCUGGUGGAUCUGUGCGAUCUAACCAGUAAGAGGCUUAAUGUCUGCACAGGCUGAAUGAAGUCUGGGAGAGAUAUGGACUUUUUGUCUGUACAUACAAGAGUCUGUGUUACUCUUAUUAAAAGUGACCUUUAGUUUUUUUUUACUGCCAGCCCUCAAAUGGAAGAAGGACUUUUACAUUUUCAAACUUUUUUUAAUACUGUUCAAAAGUUUUAAUAUGUAACACAGGUUAACAAAUGCCGUUCAUUCAGAUUGCUUUGGUUUAAUUCAGCUGUGUUCAACGUUAAUGGCUAAUUUAAUACUAAAUACACUAAGGAAUAAAAGACAAGGCCUACUAUAUAAUCAGAAAUGAUAUUAAAUAAACUAGUUGUGUGACAAAUAAGAAAAUUUGUUGUUGCAAACACAGAAAUCUUGGCUUUUCUGCUUUCAUAGAAUCAUUUGUUUUCAAAGUACAAAAGUUGAAGUCACAAAAGUAGAUAGAAACAAAAACAGCCUGAUGGAGCUCAGAUUUAACAUAUCAACCCCAGAGGUGGAGACUUUUGAUUGCACGUAUCAUUGCGGUCUGAAUCUGGUUCACGGUAACCAGCAAACAAAGACGGUGAGAAGACAGAUGGAGACAAAGACAGUAGCGGGUAGAAAGAAAAUACAAAGGCAACAGCUACAGACAGGAUCAACUAACAAGGGCUAUUAAGCUAUAACACCAGAUCAUAGCUCGGUCCCUCUGGCCACAUUAUGGUGACAUGAUGAAGAGCCAAUGUUAGCCACGGGAGAGUGCUAGUGAUGCAGAUAAUAGCCUCCUCCCAUGAGACCUGCAGAGGGAAUUAAUGCUGCUGUCUUACACUCACAUAGGCAAGCUUGAAAACAGACACAGUCAUUUACAUACACACACACACAUUUACACACAGACAGGAGUGAAUGUGUGCGCACACCUAAUAAUAGAGGUAUGGUUAUGAUGUGGGAUACACUUUCAGUUUAUGUUAAUGGAUUUUUCUGCUGACAAGAACCCCUCCCCCUCGUUUAGGCCACAGACUGGGUAAAAGAAAUAUGUACUAACAGUAUCUCAGUUCCCAUUGUAGCAGGAGAGGAUGAGUAUCAUUCUGCCGACUAUACGCUUACAGACACAACCCCAUCGACCAAAAUUUCAACUCACAUUUCUGAAGCUGAUUAUGACUACAUUUUUAUGCAGUACAUCAGGUCUUUUCUACUAAUUGGUUGUUUUAAUUGUUUUCAAAUUAUACAACAUUUGAAGAUAACAGAGUUUAAGCAGUCAUAUCAGAGCUGAAUCACUCAUACUAGACUUAUUGGAAGUGUAAUUUUCCUCUCUCUUUCACUCUUUUUUUCCUCUCUUUUUUUGCCUCAUUGCCUCUUACCAUGUUUCACAGGAUGAUACUAAUUCUGCUAGCAUUGCAAAAGUGCUUCCAGUCAGUGUGUUUCAAUGCACUUAAAUAAUUAUUUAUUGAAAUACUUAAAAAAGUAUGUAAACAUGUUAGUCUGACCAAAAUAGCAUAGAAAUUGAACUCAUAGUCAGACAAACGUACAUGGAUAAUGCUGUUGGAGAUGAAUUUUCUCUGUCAUGUAUACAGCUAGGGCUGGGCGAUAUGGCUUCAAGUCAAUAUCACAAUAUUUUGAGCAGUUCACCUCGAUAACUACUCCACAAGCUGCUCACCCCCUCCCACAUUAACUUUGCCUACUUCAGCCCUCGCUCCAGCCGCUACAACUUUUGAACCGUCCUCCAUCUCCUCACCUGUCUUUACCUCUUUGUUAUGGACUGGAUGGGGUGGAGUCACGUCUCCAACGUAGGACAGCGUCUUAAAGGGACAUGAGACCAUAGCCUACCUACACACAUCCAAAACCAACUUUUAUUUAUUUAUUUUAACACCCAAUAUAUUGACAUGGGCAAAGUGAUGUUGGUUAUUGUCGUAAAUUUCGGUGUUGGUAAAUCUUCGGUUUAUUGCCCAGCCCUAUAUAGGUCUCAGUCAAACUAAACUAGUGUCAACUGUACUUCACUGAAAAAACAACAACCACUGUGACUGAAAAAAAACAAAUUUAGAGGUCCACUAUAAAUCCUUCUCCCAAGUUGUAGGAUGUUGGAUUGUAAAUCUUUUUGUUCUUUGUUUUUAUAAACCUCCCUCUUUUUCUCUCUCAGUGGGAGGAGAUCGGGGAAGUAGACGAGGAUUACGCCCCCAUCCACACCUACCAAGUGUGCCGGGUGAUGGAGCCCGGCCAGAACAACUGGCUUCACACCAACUGGAUCCUAACUGAGGGUGCUCAGAGGGUCUUCAUUGAACUGAAGUUCACCCUGAGAGACUGUAACAGUCUUCCAGGCGGUGUUGGGACCUGCAAGGAGACGUUUAACAUGUACUACUAUGAAACAAACGGAGAUGAGGAUGAACUGGAGUACGGAGAAAUGAGAGAUGGAACGGGAAUCACAGAGGAGGAGGACAGGGCUAUGAAGGAGAGUAGAUAUAUCAAGAUUGACACCAUAGCAGCUGAUGAGAGCUUCACUGAACUGGAUCUCGGGGACCGUGUGAUGAAGCUCAACACUGAAGUCCGAGAUUUAGGUCCCCUGACCCAUAAGGGCUUCUACCUGGCGUUCCAGGACUUGGGAGCAUGUAUCGCUCUCGUCUCGGUGCGCGUUUUCUACAAACGCUGCCCCUUUCUGGUGAAGAGUUUGGCCGAGUUUCCCGACACCAUUCCAGGAUCAGAAGCUUCCCAACUGGUGGAGGUAGUGGGCCGCUGCGUCAAUAACUCCCUACCUUUAUAUGAGCCUCCCAGGAUGCAUUGCAGCACCGAGGGAGAAUGGCUUGUGCCCAUUGGGAAGUGUGUGUGCCAGCCAGGAUUUGAGGAAAUUAAUGGAUCAUGUCAAGGUAAGAAAUGGAUGAUGAGUGAUAAUAAAACAUUUGGUUGACAAACUAGUUUACAGCAUUUUGGUCGAGAUUCAAACAACUGAAAUCUAAUUAUUAUCUCGAGCUCCGGUUUUUUGUCUUGGCUUGUGUUUUCUUGUUCUCUUCGCUGUCUCUGUUUACUUUUCUAUCCGUGGCUGUGUCUGUUUUUAGUUCUGUGUGCGUGUGUGUGCUUGGAUCUGUUUAUUCUUUUACAGAGAGUGUAUCUCUCUGUCUUUCUCUCUCUCUCGCUGCGUUUCUCUCUAGCUGAGCAGAGGGUAUUCCCCCAAGCCCUGCAGUACUUUUCUGCUCUCAUACAGACUCUGCUCUACCCUGAGUCAAGCCCAAACAUUCCCACCACUAACCUUAACUGCCUCUUUCGUGGGCACCUAGAGCCUCUGUGUUUUUGUCUCUUUCCCUCUCCUCCAAUCUUCCCCUGUGGUGUCCUUAAAUCCCUCUGCUUCAGGACUAAAACACAUACAACCAUAAACUGCCAAGGGCAAAAUUUCAAGUGUCUGUCUGACGCUAGACAGAAAGAAAGGAAAUCUGACAGGAACAGAGAAGAACCUUGCCAAUUCUCCUGAAACAAAUAAGAGAGGAUGGUAACCAACAAAAAACCCUUUCAGAGAAUAUGAGGUAACCUGCUUUGCUCUAGAGUUUUCUGUGAAUGCAGAGGAAGAUGUGAGUGCACUGUGUCUGAAGCUGACAGUAUGAGACUGAACAAAUAAAAUCGACACCCAUAAACGUUUACCAAUCACACCAGUAAACUACUUAAGUUUGUUCACAGACAACUCAGUAGAUGCUGCCAGCAGGCUCGUCACUUUGUGAAAACUGCAUCAGUGAAACAUAAAGCACUGGGGAUAGGGAUCGAUAACCGGGUCCAUUAGAUAUCCGAUAAAGCAUUUGUCAAAACCCCAAAAUCAAUAAAGUUUGAGCUUAUCCAGUCUGCUUGCAAGCGAAGUAACAUUACACUUUGAGUUAAGUUGUGUCAUGUUAAUUAAAUCACUGUCACACACACAUUAGCAGACUAAAGUUUUUGAACAGCAAACAGUUGAAAAGUAACAUGAAGACUAAUUCUGGUCAGAUGUGACGAUGGUUAAACGUUUGAGGAGGUUACUACACCAAAGUGUGGCUACAUGUUUACGAAGCUGAAAAGAGGGAUGAAGUGAAAUGCGGUUUAAGUUGCAAAAUAAUUUCUUGCAAAGGAGAAACAAAACCUCCAUGUCCAAGCCAUCAUAAGCACAGUAUAUCAAAUCAAAGCUAAAGUACCUGCAGGACCUUUGACUGCCUGGAAAAAUGUCAGAACCUCUGAUGUCAGGGAAGGAGAAUUGAGUUGUUAAAGAUGCACGUCACAUGUCUUAAUUAUACUUUGUUUACUAUUCAUUUAGCAGAAUAAAUCUAUGAAUAUAUCCUGAUCUUUGCAUGAUAAGAUGUUUUAGUUUGUAUUUGAGUCUCCAUGGGGAGAUCAUUAGGAGGAGCUGUCAAGAUGCCCGUAGCCUGCCUGCAGUCAUAUUACCUCUGACUACAGUAAUACAGAUGUGUCACAUCUGUGGUUGACAAGGCCAAAAAGUCAUUCUGGUGUGCAGCAGUUACAAUAACACAAUAAAAAACAAGAAUGUGUAAUGUAAACGAGUGUUGUGUUAAAGAGGUUGUGUCAUAUCUGGAGAGAGAGGAGACGUUGUCAUAGAUUGAGUAAAAUCUGGGAUCAUUUUUACCUCAGCUGUGUGUCUGGGGCUGUUUGGGACAUGUUGAAAAGUUUAGAUUAUCAGAAUUGUUUUAAAUGUUUGUCAAAUAAUCGAUCAAUCAGUCGUACAGCGCCUGUUAACAGUAUAUUAACCCAAGACACUUAACAAAAAAGCUGGUCUAGACUGUAUUGUAUUUACAAAGACCCAAAGUAAAGACUGGGUAAGAUUGAGUCCUAUAUUGUAAGAUCAGAUGCACUCCCAUCUCAUCUUCAACCACAUAAGUGAUGCACUUUGCAGCAUUUAUCAAGUUACUGUGGAAAAGAAGGACUUCCCUAAACAGGCAGAAACCUUGAGCAGAACCAGACUCAUGUUAGACAGUCAUCUGCUGAGACUGCAUUGAGUUCAGAAAGGAGAGAAAGAGAUGCAGAAAGAGAGAGAUGGACAGAGGUGGGACCGAUGCAUGCUGGAAAGCAGGCAGGUCCAUAGCAGAUGAAUGUCCGGAGCAGUAAUCCAGAGGAACCUACUGCAUGAUGGAGCUCAGAGACUCCCAGAAAAGAUAUUCUUUCAACUUUCUUAAAGUCCCUAAAACCAAAAUAUCCUCGACCCCUGGCAUUUCCUUUUAAUAUUUGUAUGUAAAUUAUCCACAAAAUUUGAAUAUCUUUGCACAACAAAACAACAACAACAAUUAGUUUUUCUAGUUUUCAAUAUUUGAUACCAUUAUUCACAAGUUUUGUCAUUCCUUUCAAGUAUGUUGCAUUUUCUCAUGUGACUGGCAUUUACUGGAGAGGUGUUUUGGCCAAAAGUGUGGCGAGAUUAAAACUGUAUUUUGUUUCAUGACAAAUUAACCAGACAGAAAAAAAAAAUAAUGAUAGCGGCCUUCUUUUUGUACCUCGACGCUAAAUAGUGUAUAAAGCUAAAUUAUGUAUAAAAGGAUAAAAUCUUCCCCUUCAUGUACUGCAGGAAGCUGACAGUAUGUCUGCAGGCGUGUUUUAACUGUCCUGUCACAACAGAGCAAAGUUUGGAGGUCAGAGAAGGUCGAACUGAUUUUCAUUUUAAUGAGUUUGAGUUUGUUUUGCUUCCCAGGAAGAUGAAAUUGUUUGAUAUGCAAAUGUUCCUUAUUGGUUGAAUCAUAGUCCAUAUGUGUGUUCAGUCAAAUGAAAUGGAAAAACUAAAAUGUAAGCUGUUAUAGUAAACACAUUUCCCAGCAGCCGUUGAAGCUAGAAGCAGAAUUUCUCAGUUUUAUAGAAGAAGGAGUCUAAACUGCACCUUUUGAAAUUGUUUCAAAGAAAAACACGGCAGAGCUUCCUCUCUUUCAGCGUAGUUACCUUAUGUGUUUGCUGCUUUUAGAAAACUCUUUUUUUUUCAUGUGUAAUUCAGUCAUUUACAGAACCUGGACUCUGUACUGUGAGCAGUUAUGUAUUCAGUCUCGUUCUUUUAUGGGUAGAGGGUGUUUUUUGGUGGCCUGCUGUUCUGGGUAUGGUAAAACAGAGCAGUGAUUUAUUUUGCAGUCAGUUGUGUUUGUUUUGCCCUCACAGUUCAUACUGUGUCAGCCGUUUAUAAAGGAUAUGCCAUAUUGUUAAUGCAUUUGUUGAAAAGGCUGAAAGGGGCUCCAAAAAUGUGGUUAGCCUUCUGGUUCUAAUGUAGUUUGUGAAUUAGCGGUUUGCAGGUUUGUAAAGAAGAAGUGUAGUAGUCUAUGUGAGCCUGUUAUAGUGCUUCCAAGCAAAGCAUCAUUUUUGAUUAUAGGACACAACUUGUUAUAAACCGCUUUCUCUAUACCUUUUAGUCUGUAUUUUUUCUUGCCAUUUCACUCUGGCAGUACCUCGCUCCAUAAUUCCCCAUCAUUUUCAUGCUUACAAUUUUCUCCUCUCCUCUUUGGCUGAAUAUUACUUCUUGUUUCUCCACUUCUUUCUCUUUAUCUUCCUCUUCAUUGCUGCAAACAUUUUUAAAAUUAAACUCUGAAAUAGAGGCCCCAUAUCAGCUGCCUUUUCAGUUUUGGACUCCAUCCUGAGGUACUGUAUACUUGUGGUUGUAUAAAUAUCUCGGUGUACGUUUGAGUCCCAUCUGUCAAGUGUCUCUCUAAACCUCAAGCAAAAACAAUCUAUUUUAAUUUUAGAAAGGCAGGAGUGUGGAGUUUACAGUACACAGGAUUGACAGUUUGUUGUGUACCUUAGAUGAGGAUUCACAUAAAUUGUUUGGAAGCCAUUCUGUACUUUUGGCAGUGCUGUUUCACCGGAUAUAAUACCAGGUGACACUGAAGGAUAUUUUAUGUUGUGGGUCAGGAUGGGAUGUACAGAUGUAGACACUAGUUCAGCAGGGGGUAAUUGGUUGUAGCCGGCAGCACUGUUGACUUAGCAAGGCUGAACAAAUGGAAUAAGCACUAAGCAGAUGUACUGAGGGAUGGAGAUCACACAGAGGAAUGUGGUGGCAAACCAAAGAGAGAGGGGUGGAAAGAGAGACAUGGAAUGAAACAUAUAUGAUAUUACUGACAGUAUUACUGACAGUAUAUUCAGAAUAAAACCUGAACUGAAGAACGUGUUCAUGAAAAUAAGGUUGAAUAGUCAAGUGUAGUUAAAAGCAUUGCUUUUAGCUAGUUUCUGUAGCUGACACUCCCAUGCUGUGUUGCAUCAAAGGUAAAAAGUAUAGGUGGGCUUUUAGUGUUGUUGUAAUAAUAGCUCCGAUGCCAUAAUGACGUGUGAUCCACAUGAACAUUUGCCUGAGCAACACUCUUGAAUGUUGGAAUAAGGACUGCUUUAGAAAUGAAUAAUGGGCUUUAACUAAAGUAGAUGAUCCAUAGGUAGAAUGAGAGCUGUGUUGAAUGCUGAAAUGAUGAUGGAGUUGAGACCAUAGAGAUGAUUAAAUGUAUGGAUGGCUGAGUGGAUUCUUGGAUUGAAAGCAUUGUGAUGUUGGUUAAGGAGGCUGUGCUGUAACCACAUGAAGUGAAAAGAACUGGAGAUGUAAAAGAUAUGCAGUGAAGUGUAAAAGAGCUCAGAGCGUACAGAAAAGAAGAGAAACAGCAGUUGAAAAACACAACAGAAUGUAAAAAAUGGUAUCAGCGAUUAGAAUCAAUUAAUCUGAAUGUUAAAGCCCGCCUAACUGGAAGAACUUUUGACCAUUUUUUCAGCAUAUAUCUUUUACGUGUGUUAUAGGUAGAGCUGGAAUUGUUUCUGUGCAGGGCACCACAGAUGUUUCUGUAAGACAGACGUCACUGCAGCGUUAUGUCAAACCAGAUCUGAUCAUGGGAGUUAUUCGUCCAUCAGAAACUGUCACACUGAUUUAAAAUGCAAGAAGCCUUUCUGUCUUCUCAAGGGAUUACUGGAUGGUGAACAAGCGAGUUACAUUUACAGUGUGAUUGAUGGAGCGGAGGCUAGAGUAACACAGUCACCUGAAAAAUACAGGCAUACACACGUGAUCAUAAUAUCUGCUUUUUAUAUUUGAUAAGCCUGAAGUGCUGGUCAGGAUGUAAUCGUUAAAUGUUAUCAUGACAGCUAUCAUCAUUGACGGAUGGCUGACUGAUACCUAUGUAAUGGUACAACAAACCAGACUUUUUUGCACCCGUACAAAAAGCUAUUUCAAUCAGUCUUAAUAUUUAAUAAUAUAUCUAUUCUAUUACAUCCAUGAAAACGGAAAUCCUGUCAUCCCUGAGUUGCCCAAGAGAUGAGGAAUCACAGUACCACAGUCUUCUUCAAUCUGCUUGAGGUUUUUUUUUAUUCCCGAAUUUCCUGGUUUACUACUAAUCUGCUGAAAAGAGGCCAUUCAUCUUUUUAGAUCCUAUUUAACUGGAAGCUGUUACUGGCUGCUUUGAUGACACUUUUUCACUUUCUCUCUCUCAUAACUCUUUCACUCUCUACACCCCUGCCCCAUCAUCUCAAUAUGGUGAUGCUGUCAUGACAACUGUAGUGCUUCCUAAAUGCUUAUUGGGUAAACUGACUUCCUCAAAAGUGCUUCCCUCCUGAAACCCUCCCCCUGUCAACAUAAACACACAGUCACAUGAUGUAUAUUUCUUAAUUCUGAUGAUUGUAAUGGUACACUUAUUACCAGGUAAUUAACAGGUAAUUACCUGGUAACAACAUGAAAUUAUCUGGUAAUUACAUGAUAACUACUAAGUCAAUACUGUCUAGCUACCAGGUAGGUAACCUUCCAUCAUCAUACAAAUUUGAAGCCGAAUUGCUCUGGUAUUUCCAGGAUUUUCUCCGCUUCCUGGAACCACCACUUGCGCAGUAGCAUUGUACGCAUUCGGCGGGUGAGUUGCUGUGAUAAUGCUCGGCUCAAACAGCGUAUCGCUACGCAAUCUUCACACGCCCAUAGGCUGUAUCAAGUGACAAUCAUAGCAAAUAAGAACCCCAAAUAGCUUUUUAAAAUGGAGCUGCACAAAAAAAAAAGAAGAAAAAUUAGACAGUAUUGACUUAGUAGUUAUCAUGUAAUUACCUGAUAAUUUCAUGUUGGUACUAGGUAAUUACCUGUUAAUUACCUGGUAAUAAGUGUACCAUAAAAGAAAGGGUUACCAUUGUAACAAAUGAAUGCAGCGAAUGAAAACCCAAAAUUCAGUAUCUCAGGAAAUAGAGGUUCAAUAUUGGAGACUGAUGGUAUCACACUUGAAUCAGAUAUCCAGCUUAAACGCCUACAUAGGUGUCCUGGGCCUUUAAAUGGUCAGUCAGUCUGGAUCAGUCGGCCACACAAUCAUAGGAAGGACUGCAGACUUGAUAGUCGUCCAGAAGACCAUUAUUGACACCCUGCACUAGGAGGGUAAGACACGAAAGGUCAUUGUUAAAGAAGCUGACUGUUCAGAGAGCACUGUAUUCAAGCACAUUCAUGAAAAGAUGAAUGAAUGGAAAGAGUGGUAGAAAAGGCUGUAGUUAUUUCUGUCAUUUGUGCGAAUUUAAGAGGAUUGUGAGACAAAGCCCAUUCAAGAAUUUGGGGGAGAUUCACAAGGAGUGGACUACUGCUGGAGUCAAAGCUUCAAGAGCUACCAUGUACAGAGGACCAUAGUAUCCCUGUGAUUGAUUGGCCCGCAAACUCACCUGAUCUAAACCCCGUAGAGAAUCUGUGGGGAACUGUGAAGAGGAAGGUGUGAGACACCGGACCGACAACCCAGAAGAGCUGAAGGCCGCUAUCAGAGCAACCUGGGCCUCUAUCACAUCUUAGCAGAGCCACAGACUGAUCGUCUCCAUGCACUGCUGAAGUAAUUCAUGCAAAGGGAGCCCACACCAAAUAUUGAGAGCUUUACAUGUUCAUACUACUGGAUACAGUAGUCUAGCAUUUCUGUUGAAAAUCCUUCUUUUUAUAUUGGUCUUAAUUAAAAAUCUAAAUUUUGGGUUUUCAUCAGCUGUAAAUUAUAAUUAUCGAAUUGAAAAGAAACAAACACGUGUGUAAUAAAUCCCUAUUAUAUAUAAGUUUCACUUUCUGGAUUGAGUUACUGAAAUAAAUCAACCUUUUGAUGAUAUUCUAAUUUAUUGAGAUGUACAUGCAUACUGCUGAGGAGCAUAAUUACAUCCUGAUACAUUUCCCAAAACUCUACUUUUUGCCAGAACAAAUAUGAUUCGGUGAUUAAAUGCACUGCUCCACUAAUAACUUUCACUAACAACAUUUUAUUUAAUAACUUUAACACUAAAAAUAAGGCAUGCCUCGGUUUUCAUGCAUGAAUUGAAAUGAUCUUGUGACACUGUAGCAUAAACCCUUAACAAAAUGGAAAGAGGCUCAGUCACAAUGACCUCACACUGGUGCUGAAGUGUGUUCUCUCUCUCUCUCUCUCUCUCUCGCUCUCUCUCUCUCUCUCACACACACACACACACACACACACACACACUUUAUCAGUCAGUGAAAUAUUUAUAAAAUGCUUCAUUCAGCAGAGCGAGCCUCUCUCCAUGAAAGCACGGGUGUUUUGGGGUCAACGCACAUUUGCUUAAGCGCUGCUUUGGCAGGUUGUUCACAACAGUUUACCGUCAUUCAGGUGCAGAUCUCUGAUUCAUAAUGGUAAACAAACAAUAUAAGAGAAGCCUUGGAUGCAGAUAUCCACUUUAAGCUUACAGUGAGUGCUCAUUGAACUAAAGCAUGGGAACAUAAACGCAUCAAAUACAUGCAAUUGAAUGGAUCAGUAUAUGUUUAUCCACAAUCAGACUUGACCUGAGUGCCAACUGUAUAAAAUCCUCUGGAUUACUAUAAUAGUACUGAGAACCUGACCUCUGUUCACCCUAUACAAGGGAGAGUUUUAUCAGCACAUUUGAGACAGCUAGACAUAUACUAUAGAGUUUUUACCAUGAUGUUAAUUGUCAAUAAGUUCACUCAUACUCACCUGGACCUUUACUAUAUUGGAAAACUUGUUGCAGUCUCUUUUUGUUAUUUUCUCGCCUGAUUGUAAAAGUAAAUAGGUGUUACAAUGACCCCCUCUGCCAUCCAGCAGACAGGAAGCCCUCAUUGACUCCAUUGUUUAUUGUUAUGGAACUAUCAUCUGGCUUUGGUUUUCCACACAAAGGCACACAUAAAUAUUGUCAUUCGCUGGCACAGACCCAUGCACACACGCAGAAAUCUACUCGAAUACAGUGGCACACCAAUAAAAGGUUUAAGUAUGACAUCCUUGUUCAUGCACACAAACACAAAUAGGCACACACACACACUGUUUAUAUUACUUUGGUCAGUGCCUCACUGUGGGACAAAUACAGGAACAGGAUAUUUACUGUUUCCUUGCUUGGUUUAUUAGUUCACAAUACUAUCUGGAAACAACAUAUGCCCUGUUUUGAAAUUCAGCUGAAGCAUUUUUGCGUUUCUUCAGUCACAGUUAACUUUUUUGUCAGAACUGCUGCUACUGGCAAGAGUGAUAAUUUAACCAAGUGUCAUGUGUCAUAUGGCAUUUUUCUCUUUUUUUGCCUGAUUUUGAAGUUUUGUUUGUAAAGAGCGAUUAAAAAGGCAGUAUACCUAGGUAGGGUAAUUUUAUGACAUUUCUAGGUUACUGCUUUGUCCUAUGAAUUAUUCACCCACCAUGUCUUUGCCUUACUGCCUCUAAUUUCACCACUUGAUAGUCAGUCACAUAAAUCUACCUGUUAACAAUGAAAUGUUUGCAAUUAAAGUUGAUGCUCAUUAAAAGGCGUCAAUGGACAUCACUGGAUCCUUAAUUGCCUGGGAUUCCACUGAGCGGUGCAUUUUAAUUACGCAUUAACCUCUAACACAAAACUGCAUACAGGCACAUUAUUGUGUAUUGCAUAUUAAUUACCCAUUAUCCAUUGUGCUGUGCAUUAAGAGCUGCAUGGCAUCGGAAAGACAGCUUGCCCAAGGGCGAUACACAGACAGACACACACCCACACACACACAUAAACACACAUGCAGGGAUAUAAACUUAUUGAAAAUGCAUUUGCAAUGAAAGAUUAGACAGUUUUUCAAUCAGCCAGCAGUGACUACAGCAAAUACUUGAAUGUCUGUGUUUCUUUUAGGGCUGUAAUCAACCAAAGAAAUUCUUGGUCGACUUUACCCUGAAAUUUUUUACCAAAAAGCGACUAAUGGGGAGGGGGGUUCCGACUCUUACGGCAAACGGGAGAUGAUGCAGCUCGGCGAAGCAAGAUUGGCAGGGUGAAAAUAUACUGAUAUCAGCACAGAAAGGCAAUUAACACAAAAGGGUAAAACAUAAAUAUAAAUAUUCAUUAAACCACCGCAAGUUCAUGAACAUGAAAUUCACCAUCGACUGCAAAUUGACGCAGAAAAAAGUCGACCAAUCAGAAUUUUGGUCGACUCGGCAUGUACCGACCAAUAAGUCGACCAGUCGACUAGAACUUUACAGCUCUAGUAUUUUUGGAUUUGCCACUAGUUUUGAGGUAUUUCAUCAGUAUGAGAAGGUGCUUAGAGAGUGUUUCGCUCUGUUUAGAGAUUUUAACCCAAAGUUGUCAUUGUCCUUAAAGUGAUAAAGCACAGGACACCAGAAUCACAGGUCUACCUCUUCUGCUUCCUCAAUGCCAUAAAACAAUGUUAACUUACAUACUGGGACAGCAGUGUUAGCCAGAGGGGGGUUGAUAUGAAAGUUCAUUGGCUUUGUCACAGCGUUAAUAGACUCACAAUAUAAGAAAGGCUAGACUUCACAUUGAACCUCUUUUUUAAUGAAGUAUUUGUCAGUACAUGUUUGUAUCUGCUGUUCAUACAUGUCCUGUGUUCAGUUUACCCGUUUUUUUAAUUUGGUUUAUUCACACAGAAACCAGCAUAGAUUAAGUAUUAAUGAGAUACCACUUAUACUGUUGUUUAUGAGUAAACUUGAGUUGAUUGUAAUGAUUUUUUUCACCAAUUUGCGCAUUUCAUUUGCAGAUUUACACAGAAAUUCUCAUUAACAUGACAUGAAUUUCCACACCACAUUCGGGGAAUGUCUAUUUCUUUAUGUUAUUUUGCUGACUGUAUUUCCACCUUUAUUUUAAACAUAUUUUUCCGCACAUAAUGGUCAUCAUACACACUAACUUCUUUAAUCUAAAAUCAGUUAUAGACAGGUGAUCUUUUACAGAGCAGGACAGACACCCUUACACCACACUAAGUAAAUAGAAAAUUAAUAAAUACCAUUAAAAUCAAGCUGGCCAAAUAUCUGAACAGUCUCCUAACUAAUAUGCUCAAAGAAGUUUUGAUUUAUCAGAGCUUUUUAUCUCUCAUUUUAUGGCUAUCUUUCCUCACUUCACUUCAUGGGGAGCAUGUGUGCCUUUGUGUCUGUACAUGCGAAAUGAGCUGCCACCCCGGAUUUUAUUGAUUUGGCCAUGAAGGGUUUGAGGAUAAAGUCAAGGAGAGCUAGACAACAGACCGGGGCAAUAAAUCUGUAUGCAACCAUAAAUGUGUUUGCAGCAACUGUGCUGGAGCAGAAAAGAGAUCAGAUGGGUCCCACUGCCCCCACUGUAGUGUUCGUCUACUCUGUCUUACACACACGCGCGCGCACACACAUGCAUGCACGCACACACUUAAACGCUGAUGUUUGUGUGUGUAUGUAGCAGAGGUGAGACUCAGAGCAAUCCAGGGCAGAGGGAGAAUUUUUCAGGCCUAAUGUUCCAUGACAAUGGACCAAGGUCCGUCAAGGGGAAUCAGAGCCACUGCUACCUAACACACACACACACACACACACACACACACACACACACACACACACACACACUUGCCCUCCAUUCUUCCUUUGUCUCAUCCUCUUGCUUCUCUUCUCCCCCAAUUCCCAUUUAAACUUGUCUUUUACUCUCCUCUCUUCUUCUUUUACUCUCAUUAUUCUCUCUUACCAUCGUCUUUCCAUUUGACUGAUUUAGCUGUAUAUUCUUGUCUCUGUUCCUUCUCCUCUUUUUUUAUAAAUCAUUUGUCACAUUUUUCUGAAGUUAGAUUCCUAAUUACAGCAUGAAUGGACAACAGUCUGUCUGGGCAACAGACAGGGAGGAAAAAUGUGAAAUUCUUGAGAAGAAAAAAGGGUGAAAAAUAUCCCGUCUUUUGUUCUUUUCUCCUUCCUCUGGUAUCUCAUACUCUACCAAACAGUAAAUAAGGGGAAAAUUGUUGUUUACUGCACAGUAUCUAUGGAACUGUGCUCACAAAAGGCUGAUAUAUUUACAGUAUUUUAUCCUCUCUGCAUGCAUCAUCAGGCGGUAAAUUGAUGCAGUGAUAAGUCUGUUAUAGGAUAGCUUGGGCUGUAGUUAUGGCAACAGAGGUUGUUGAUGUAUUUCUGCAUGUUAACAUUCUGAAUGUGUCACCCUGGUGUCUACCUGCCCCAGAUGGAUCAGCUGUCGGACUGCAUGUGAAGAUGUCUGUUUCGGUGUUGAAUGCAUGGUUUAGUAUGUUCGUAUAGCACUCAUGCAGGGGUGUUUGGGAUGAGUGUUAUGUAGAGUAUGACCAACUUCUUAUUUGGACCAGGAUGGGAAGCCUUGCUCAAGAAUGGAGAGAAUAUUUCGAUUGAGACAUAAAAGAUAAAUAUGAGCGCGUAGCUGCACAAGGUUCAGAUUGAAAUAAAUAAAAUAAUACGAAGUCACUUGUGUAUGUCUGAAAAUCAGUGCUGCAGUUAUCUCUCUGAUGAGGAUGUUCACAACAACUGCAACCGCCCACUGAACUGAUUCUGUUGUUUAGAUACUGACCUCCUUUUUUUUUUAAACCCUUCCCUGAACGGUCUCUAUUAUUACACAUUCUUCUCUAUUUAUCGUCUCAUCUCUCUUUUUUUCCCCUUCAUUUUCUUUCAAACAAUCGAUGGCAACCCCCUCCCCUCCUACACAUCCUUCAGUCUGCAAAAUAGGGUUUUAUCGCUCGCUGCUGGAAUCUACAAGCUGCAGUAAAUGUCCACCCCACAGCAUGGCCAGGCAGACGGGAGCCACCGCUUGCAGUUGUGAGGAUGGGUUCUAUAAGAUUGACUCGGACCCGCCAAACAUGGCCUGCACAUGUGAGGAUACUCCAUUUUUUUAUUUACCCUAAUUUUAAGCUACAAACUACAUUCUUCUUUUUGCUUCGACUAAAUCCUCUCUUUUUCCCUCAGGUCCCCCUUCAGCUCCACGCAAUGCCAUCUCCAAUGUCAACGAGACCAGCGUCUUUCUUGAGUGGUCUGUUCCACUGGAAACAGGUGGUAGGAAGGAUGUCCGCUACAACAUCUUGUGUAGACGUGUCCUACCAGACGGAAGAGGCUUGGAAGAGUGCGGUCCUAACGUGCGUUUCUUGCCCCGCCGUGUCGGCCUGUCGAACACCUCCGUGAUGGUUGCUGACCUGCAGUCGCACACCAACUACAGUUUUCUACUCGAGGCUAUCAAUGGAGUUUCGGAGCUGGCGAAGGAUCACGCAAGGCAGUAUGUGUCACUUAAUGUGACAACCAAUCAGGCAGGUAUGUUGUGCGAGAUAAUCAAUCAAUCAAUCAAUCAAUCAAUCUAGCUUUAUUUUUAAUGCACUUUUCAUACAUAGAAUGUAGCACAAAGUGAUGUCCAUUCAAGAAGGAUAUUAAAAACAAUGAAAUAAAAUAAACAGAAAUAAAAAUACCAAACCCCACCCACCCUCCCAUUCAACACAUAGAGCACUCACAAGCUCACACAAAAGAUCAGGUGAGGACUCUUCAACCUGCCACAGAUGACUGAGGAAACGCUAUGUUGAGUUAAAAAAAAAUAGAUACAUUAUAAUAUAAUAUAAUAAAGGUGAUAAAGCGUUAAAAUAAAAAAUAAACAGUCUUAAAAUCAAACAAUAACAGAAAGUGAAUUAAAAAAGAGGUAAUAAAACACAAAAUAAGAACUCUAGGACUAAAGGGUGAAAGAUAAAAACAAAAUUCAACUAUAAGCCAGAGUAAAAAGGUAGGUCUUGGGUUUACUUUUAAAAUUAUGAACAGUAGGUGUCGCUCUGAGGCCUGCGGGUAGGCUGUUUCACAGAUGGGGACGGUGAUGUUGGAAUGAUGAUUCACCAUAUGUUUUAGUUUUUACUUUGGGAACAAUUAACAGAUCACCACCUGAAGACCUGAGGAUAACUGAGUAGCUAGUCGAGAAAGGUUUAUGUUUUUGUCUUCAGCGCUAUUUGUCUUAAAAACAUCUUCAAAGCCUUAAAAUUGACUUAAAAAGAGUGCAAAAAUCCUUUAACAUAAAUGUUCUCCAACACGACUUCUUUUACUUCUUAUUACAGCGUCCUCGGACCAACCUGUGUGCUUAAUUCAUGGCACAAUUAUCUGGGUUUGACAAAGACACCAGAUGAUCAAAUUAUCACAGUAUUUGUCCAACAAAGCUGUUGCUGUGUUAAUUUUCGCUCACACACCAUCUGUGCAGUAGAUGAGAGAACUUUGGUGGUAGAAACUUAUUUUGCUCAUGCUUUUGUUUUUAGAUUUGCUGUUGGAAAAGGAGCUCGGUGCCAUCAGUUAGAAUGACUAAAACUGGUUGCUUUGUUGAGUAAGAGGAGGUGUCUAUGUGCACGGCAACUGUAAUCAAUCAAGCUAGUGACACACAAGUUAAUUUAUAGAUUUAAAGUUAUCAAUAAAAGUGAACUGAUCAGUUCUUGAAGUGGUUUGCUCUAUACUGGUAUAAUUAUUAGAGAUGCACAGAUCCAUUUUUUUCUGAUCCAGUCCGAUACCGAUACCUGGGCUGAGCGUAUCGGUCGAUAUCCAAUACUGAUCCAAUAUUACUGUUGAAUGAAUGAACUGUAAACCUUACCCUGUAAGUGAAGGCAUCAGGCUUGACAUUAGCCUUGUUAAAAAAAAGAUAACAAAUUAAUACAGAUAUAAAUUUACUUAAUAUUAUCUAUUAACAAAUAACAAAUUGCACAUUAACACACAGCAAAAAGAAGUAAGACUUCCAGGGAAACAUUUAGUGAAAAAGUAUAGACAGACAGAGAAUAUAGGGUGAACAGAAUCGCUGUGUUACUGUGUAUGAUAUUAAUUAAAAGGAAAAAAAAGACUGGAACAGAACGCUGGAUCGGCGUCAUUCAUCAGAUAUCCGAUCCAGUUAAUUUGUCAAUAUCCGAGCCGAUAUCCGAUCCAAAUAUCGAAUUGGUGCAUCCCUAAUAAUUAUUGCUACAGUUUUGGUUAUUAAUUAUAAAAUCAUUAGAGUAAGCAUCAAAAGAAGAUGAGCAAAAUAACAAACAAACAAACAAACAAACAAAAAACACCACAACAAUCAUGGAAAGAAUCAAACCACUACAUAGAGCUGCAAGCUUUGUUGUCUGUCUUCUAAAAGGAUAAUUAAAUUAUUAUCUUCCUUUUUCAACUAGUUUUCUAUAUUUAUGGUAGCAUGUGCCUGAGAAGUGUCUUUUUAUUUGCAUGUAAUGAAAUGGAUAGGACACAGUUUAAUGUAAUGAGAAACAUAAAAGGCCAAUACUCUGCUUUUCAAGGCCACCAUUCCUGAGGAAAGCUAUCAAGCCAAGGACAUCGUAAGAGAGCGGCUGUUCAUCUUUGAUCUAUAGUCAGUUCACAUAGUAAGAAUAGUAAAUGACAAAUAGACUGCAUUUUAAAUAAUCAAAAACAUUUAUACAUAGUGAUGCACUUUUGGCUGAAGCUGAUUACUAACAUCUUUUCUUUGGGGUUAGUACAAACAUAGCUCAGCGUGACUUUAAGAGCCAGAGUUGAACUACAUCAAUUCUGAAUACAUCUUAAAGGUGGAUAACCUGCUUUACCUUGACGCUAUAUGAGGGCCACAGUGGCAGAAGGAUGAAUAUGAUAUGUAAGGGGAAUCAGAGUGUUUGACAGGCAGAGAGGAGCGGCGGGAGACGGUUGUCUGACAGCAGAGAGUGCUGACAGCCCUCUAACUGUGUUGUCACGGUGACUGUCAGCAGUCUGACUGGAUUACAACAUACCACAGAAGUCACAGUCAGUGUGUUGAAGUUCUGGCUGGAUUAAAGUUAGACAGUCACCAGACCAAGUGGAGAUUAGGAAUAAAUCUAGAUUAUCCAUAGUUGACUGAAUGUGCUCCACUCUGGCAUGAAUAUAGUGCAGGAGAGGUUUUAGGUUCAUCAAUCAAAUCAAGUCGGUGCAUCUGUUUUAUUCACUCUGACUUUUAUAGAUGUUUAUGCAGACCGUACUGUUCUACAGGUGACUCAUAAACAUAGUUAUAAGCUUGCACUGUACACUUUAAUCAGAGCAUGCAAAGAUAAAAAAACAUGACUUUAAAAUUGAAAAAGAAGAGGCAAAAAACACAUUUAAAGCCAAACUGAAGUGUCUUUUAGUGAAACCCAGGCUACAGCCAUGUUGGAAAUUCUCAUUUUGAAGAUAAAGACUUUGAAAAACCUUCAAAUCCCCAGACUGACUUCUCCAAAAACUGGUAAUAGGCAGGUAGAAUGAGACUGUCUUGACCUUUUUCUUAAAAAAAGACCCAGAAAUUAGAGGUGCAGCAGUUGAAUUAGUACACAUAGUAGACAGUGAGCAGUCCCGACCUCACUCAAUAAUAAGCUCUCUCGUUGUGGUGUGAGAUUGUAUUUAAAUCUGUGACCAAAUCUUUGUCUCUAAAUUGUAAAGAAGCCACGUCUCCAGGUUUAUACAGUAUAUGCUGUGUUAACAUUGUGGCGUUGCUCAAUGGCAGACAUAACACACAGCGGGAGUGUUAAAAUAGGGAAUACAUACUUUAAUUGAAUGAUAUAAACAAAUCAAAAUAAAUCUAAUCUGUUUGAUUUAAUCAAAUAGGUGUAAUUGAAAAAGGUUUGGGACUUUUGGAUUUCUGUUUAGCAAUCUAAAAUUCUUAAGAAAGAGAUAAAAAAACAAAAGAUAAAUACUGGGGUUUUAUUGGGGAAAUUUGUUGCCUUGUAAAUCUAAAUCUAAAUAUUGAUUGUAGGAAUAUUUUAACACAAAAUAAAACUGAUUUGUUCUUUUAUUAAUUUAUCUCUAUAUUUGUGUGUUUUGUUGUAGUUAUGUAGCUCAAGCUCAUAAAAUUAUACGCCAUGCUAUGAGAUCAGUGCACCCCCAUAUGACAUCUGUUCCAUUUAGACCUUUUAAUCUCAUGUAGCGGACAAACUGCGUCCAUUUUUGGAGGACUAAAACUUAGUUUUGGCGUAAUGUUAUCCACCCAUUAAGCUCUGAGAAAGAAGAUCUCUCUCUCUGUCUUUUUCUCUCUCCCUCUCUCUGCUAUCUUUCUUUCUCUCUCUGUCAUACUUUUACAUUCCAGCAUUUAUUCCAUUCAAGUAUUGAGUUGGUGUUAUAGGGUUUCUGGUUACAGGCUUUUAAGAUGUGGCAGAUAACACUUCUGUCUGUGCAACCAUCCACUCAGGAUACAGUUACUGUGUUGGAGCAAUGAUUUAUUCCCCGUGGAGUUCUGCUGAGGCUAUUGAAACCUUAAUAGUGUUUAGCAUUUGCUGUAGAGGCUUACACACAAACACACACUCUCACUCUCUCUCACACACACACAUAGAUACACACUUAGGAUGUUGCCUUUGGGGGCAUUUUGCCUGUAGAAAAGCUGUUCAGCGUCAGAGACUUUCUAACUGUCCCUGUGAGAAAUGAGCUAACAGUUCAGGUUACAACAGCCGGGUUAGAAGAUUGAUUUAAAUUCACACUAGCUUAACGUCUACACUAAAAUGUAAAUCUUAAAAAAAAUGAAGUUGGAAAAUUUGCAAAAACUCAAAAAACAAAACCACACAUAGCAAGAAAGUGGGUCCUGUGAUUGCAUCGACAAUUUUAAGAUUUUAAUAGUGUUUCAGUUUUUUAUGGUGGGGAAAUGAAAAUAUGUGACUGUUUCCUUCAGUUUUUAAUUUAUAUGACUACACAACAACUCUACUGAGAGCUUUUGUAAUUAAGUGAAAUUUUCAUCUUUAAACUACAUAUGGCUCUCUUUAUUUGUGUGAAGUUUUUUCAGGAGUAGAGCUGCUCGGGAACCAAGUACAACAAAAAUUAAUGAAUGUUGAAUCUGUCUUUCAUAUCUUUGUGUGUGCAGCACCCUCCCCAGUGAGUGUGGUGAGAAAAGGUCACACAGAGAAGAGCAGCAUCGCCUUGUCUUGGGCCGAGCCUGAUCGUCCCAACGGUAUCAUCCUGGAGUAUGAGAUCAAGUAUUUUGAAAAGGUAAAAAAAACCUGCAUAUACUCAUGCACAAUAUUGCGUAUACUUUAUAAAGUACUUUCCAAACAUUUUCUGUGAUUUUUGAACAUUACACACAGUCAGAUCAUUAUUAUUAUUUAUUUAUUUUUUUUAAAUUUGAUCUGAAGUUGCCGUAAAUCCUUUAUUCAACAAUGGAAAAGCUACUUAGAGCACUUUUCUUACAACAACUUCUAAGACUUCCAUACACAUUUUACCUUUAUAAACACAUCCAUACAGGGAUGACAGAGGCCAGGAUGCAAUGUACCAGGUUACCUUAUUGGAGUUUAAUCUAAUUGUUUGUAUACAACCAUGUAUUGAUGGAAAGGUAUAUGGGAAAAUAUGGGUCACGGUGCCGCCCAAAAGGACACUUAGACAUAAGGAGUGAGGUUCAACAAUAAAACUCUUCAGUUAUUGAUUGGAAGAUGAAAUGCUCUACUACUGAGCUGCAGCCAUCCUAUGUUUCAUGAAUUUGUUAAGUUUGUUGAUACUUAAAGUGAAGAGAAGUUGGCUUGAUACACACUAUACAAGUUUUCCUUUUAAAAAUCUGGAUUUCUUUAUUUGUAUCUUUUUUUUUUUAAGUGAGACUUUCAGACAGAAACUUGAUUCUUCGGAGCAGAUCUUUGUUCCUUCUUUUCUCUCCUGUAAUCCCCGAUGUCUCCUUUUCUGGGAAGGUCAGAUUUAAGGUAUACAGAUGCAGAGCAGUAUUUGUGGUCAGUGGUUCACUAAUGGCUUCUGGCUAAUGGACAGGGCAUUUAGCUUUGUUUUAGCCUGAUGUGGUUACAGCUGAGAAACUGAUACUUACACAAAAAUGCACUUCCACACUACCACAGUCAAUACAGGCGGCUCAGCCAUAAAAUCUGCAAAAUAAUGGAGAAGAAAUUCAAGGCAAGUACACAAACAAAUGCUGGCUGGAUAAGUACUAGUAGUAAGUUAUAAUGCUGCAAUACUGUUUGUAUGCCCUUAAAAAACUUUACACAAACCCUGACUGGUUUUCUCCCUCCACAGGAACAAGACUCCAGCUACACCAUUAUCAAGUCGAAGGAAACGGAGAUGGUGGUGGAAGGCCUGAAGCCCUCCUCAGCCUACAUCUUCCAGGUGAAAUACAGCUGAAAUUAGUAUAGAACUGAAAAUGCAGAUAUGCAUAUAUGACGACUUGCCCUCCCUCUACUUUGUUGUGAAAUUCAUAAGUCAUUAAAAAGUACUUUCUUGAUUGAAGUCAUGCAUAACCUAUCGCUGAUAUCAGGCAGAAACCUCUCAAAAAUAACAACUGUGUCCAAAUAUUAGAAAUCUCACUUACUGACGAGAAGGAUGACCAAGAGCACUGGAUGAUGUGAAAGAAUCAAAAUGAUGAAAUAUGUAGAUGAGAGGUUUCUGCGGUACAUAUCAAACAUGUUAUCAUCAAUUGACCUGUUUGGAUUCAAUCCAUUACAGGUGCGAGCCAGGACCUCGGCGGGCUAUGGUGCAUUCAGCCGACGUUUUGAGUUCCAGACCAGCCCUUACAGUAAGUGAACUCAUGUGAGAGAGAGUGUGGGCAAGAUCACUAUCGUAUCAAAAGUGACAGACAGAAUGUGAAUCACACCUGCUGUAUGUGGUUCUGUGUUUAUAUGGUUAUGUGUUUAAGUCCCUAAUGAAACUCUGUCUUUUGGCAGUAACCGCCACUGGUGAGCGAACCCAAGCCUUGAUAGUAGCUGUCACGAUCACACUGGCUCUGGUCUUACUGGCAGUUGUCGCUGGAUUCCUGCUAAGUGGUCGGUAAGAAGACAAAAACACAGACAAAAAAUACAUUCACAUGAUGGCACACUUGUUACGUAAAUCUCUGAACGUGAGGAUAUCCUCUUAUCCUUCUCUAACUAUUUAGUCUUUAUAGUAUGUGACAUGCUGAAUGAAAAUGAAGCGACUGGUCCGUUUAAAGGCCUGGUACCAGACCCGGCCUAUAUUUGAGGAUUUACAGUAUCUAAACUAGUUUGAGUCUUUGGUACAGUGGCACAGUGUCGCUGUUACAUGUUCCCUAUACAAACAACAUGUAUGUUGAAUCUGCUUGUAUCUUGGCUCAGUAUGACCAUCACUUAACUUUGUCUUGUCACUUGAACAACCAUUACUCUUAUAUCCCAAUGUGAUCUUCACACCUGCUUAUGCAUUGCUUACAUAGAUGCGAAAGCUUUAAACAGUUUUUAUACCAUAUGUUUCUAUUCAACACCCUAAUGUUCGUUUUAUAGUGAUAAAAACCUAGAGAACUAUUAAAUGAGUUUUAUAUUGUUUUUGUGGUCUCACCAUUAGCAGCAAUAUUCUGUGACUGGGGUUAUGUAUUUGCUAUUUGUGUCAGAUUAAUUUUACUUCAGCAUAAUUAGAAAAGCUAGGGGCGAUUUUACAGAGAUCAUAAAGGUUGAAUUUGGAUUUACAUCCAUAAUGUGGUGAUCUGUUCAUCCAUGAAAUAUACAUGCAUGUGUAUUACAAACAUGCAUUUAAUUGGUUUUUCCUUUAUCCUUUUCCUUUAUUUCCUUUUUUUUUUCAUGAUAGAGCUCACCUUUAUCGAUGAAGGAUUUACAGAGACAAUGAAUAUGUAACUUAGCGAAAUGAUUACAUGAAUAGAUAAUGGACUAGCAAUUUUCAAGGAAUUAAAAGUAAAUUAAAAAGACACAGGGGACUAGACCAGAUUUCAGGAGUGCUCAUAAUUUUGUUUUUGUGUUGGGGUGGACACAUGGAGGAAUGCCAGAAUUUUAUGGUGAUGGAUUUGAAACAAGCAAGUGCAACCACUGUACCCCUCUCCUAUCCCCCCUAGUGAGUGACCAUACAGUCUGUGCACACAUGCAUAGACAUUCAGCACACAUGCUCAGACACUAACGCACAUAACCAAUAAAUCAUGCAUUCAUUCAUGCAUAAACUGAUUGACACUCACACACAAACGCGCACAUUUAAGUUAGGGGGCAGGCUUGGCACUGAGAGUGCUGACUCCAUAGAUUCAGUAAACACCCUCAAGCAUUCACAUAUAUGGACCACCCCCCCUCAGACUACCCAGCUGCCCAUACCAAUCUCUCAAGCCAGUUAUCCUACAGACAACAGAUAGAUGGAUGAUGGAAAAUUCUGGACCCUUAUUUAUGAGUGUUUGUGCGUUGUUGUCCAUGCAUUUCUUAUGUUUAAGAACAAAAUGAUCUAAUACUAGUAAAUGCCUGCACAUGUGCAUUAACCAAAAACUAAGGCAGGACAUGAUGUGUUUGUGUGUCCUCUCUUUCUCAGACGAUGUGGCUACAGCAAAGCAAAGCAAGAUCCUGAAGAGGAGAAGAUGCACUUCCACAAUGGUCACAGUAAGUUACCAAACUUUAAUGUUAUCUGUGUGCCUGUGGACCUGUAUGUGUGUGUGUGUAAUUUCAUCUAAACUUUACUCUAUGUGGAGUACAGGGUUCAGUCAGUGCAUAUCUGUGUGUGUUUACAAGGUGGACAAUUGUGUAUGUGUGUUACAAGUACAGUUAAGCAUGUUUCGUUCCAAGAGUAGUUCUUUUAAUGGCACAAGCCCGCUCCAUUGCAGCCAUGUUGGAAGAUGACACACAAAGCUGUGAUGAUAUGUGGGCACCGACAGCUUAAUAGACCCAGCACAUUUUUGGCAUUAUAUUCUGCGAACCAUCUGUUGGCAUCCGAGCUGUUUGUGAUGGGGCCAUUAGCGCUGAACUAGUGCCAGUAUGUGUGGUUGAAUGUCAUAUUGAUGCAUACAGUAAAGGAACAUUUGCUUAAUGACUAGUAAGAUUCAUCAUGCCCACAGAAAGUGUCUGAAAGACUACCUUCGUCCUGGAAUUGUAUUUGCAUAAAUACAUUUAUCAAAUGUCACUGUUUUAUUGUGAAAUACCAAAAAAAGGUAGAGAUCACGAAGGCUUCAGCAUUACUAUACUGAGAACACAGGAUUUCAUUUGAAUCCUGAUGUUGGUUCACAGUAUGACUUUUUUCUCAUUAAUUCUCUGGCAAUUUUGAGAAAAUUAGAUUGAUCUCAAAAUGCAAAUGAGAAGGGUUGCAGGAUCUUGAUAAAUAAUGCAACCCCUUUUUGCGCACUUUUUCUCAUUACCUUGCAAUAAAACUAAAGAAAUACCUGUAAGUCAGAUGUCCUUGCCCAGGAAAGCCGUUAUCACAGCUGCUUGCUGUUCCAGGUAGCGUUGCCACAUCAAUAAUGCUUCAGGAGUUUCUGUUUAGACUCAAACACAGCGGUGUGGUAGUGAUGCUCCGGUCUAAGAUGCCAAUCGCCUCACUCGCCAAAGUAAAUGGCUGAUGCCAGGCUCACUCAGACUUGCUUAGGUGGCCAAAUAUAGAGUGUGGGCAAAACUCCUGAUGCCUUGUGCUAGUCCAGCUUUCUUCACUGCAACACACAUAUUCCGUGAAUUAUCUGCCUCUAGGGCGACUCUGUGAUUUGACUAUUCAAGUUCCCACUAUGAAACAGCCAACAUCAGAACCUUAGUGAUGUUUUCCCCAGUGUGUUUAGAAAAGAAGUCAGGUUUGAAGAAAGAACCUUCAUUUCCCACUUACUGGUUAUAAGAUGAUCAGGUAACUCUGGGACCCCCUGGACUAUACCAUACCUCUGAUAUUAAACAGGAUGGUGCAUCCACAACUACAUCAAUUCAAGUCCUCAAUGUAUCCUAACAUCCCUAGUGAGUUGUGCAUUAAUGUCAAUGAUGGUAAUACUUUUGUGUUUGUGUUUUUGCAGUUAAGUUCCCGGGAGUGCGCACCUACAUUGACCCCCUCACCUAUGAGGAUCCCAACCAGGCAGUGCAUGAGUUCGCACAGGAGAUUGAUGUUUCAUUCAUCUCUAUCGAGAGGAUCAUUGGAGCUGGUGAGUCAAAUUUGGAGUUCGUGCAGGUGCUGGUUUAUUAUAACACACUUAGCAUACAAACACAACACUAUGAGUUCAUACUGGUGUAAUCAAGUUGUGAGGAACUCAACUAUUUUCUCAUAAAUUGUACAGUAAUGCUUUCAACUGUAUAAAGGCACAGGUCCAUAUAGUAGAUGAAGUCACAUGUUUUGCUCGAAAAUGGAAAUUUGCAUGUUUGUCAGCAGAGGACCAACACCGUUUAUAUUUGUAAUAGUUAUUGAAUUGUAAGAUUUGUUGCUCUCACAGGGUUUCAAGUGGAUUAGCCCCACAGUUUAUCAUGGUUUGUUGAACAACGCAAGAAAUAAACAAACUGGUGGAUGUUUUUAAGUAUUAAAGCUCCUGAAUUAAAACUUAAGUUAGUGCCAGUUACACUUUAAGUGAUCUUUUAAAUUUUGGUGAGUGUGAAAUGCUGGCAUGGCCAUUUGAUGAAAGUCUUCUUUUAUAGGUGAGUUUGGUGAGGUGUGCAGUGGACCUCUGAGGCUGCCAGGGAAAAGAGAGAUGCAAGUUGCUAUUAAGACCUUGAAAGCGGGAUACACUGAGCAGCAGCGGCGUGACUUCCUUUGGGAGGCAUCAAUCAUGGGCCAGUUUAACCAUCCGAACAUCAUCCGUCUGGAAGGCGUGGUUACCAAGAGUAAGUCAUCAGCAUGUCUCGCUCUGUGUGUCUGCACUGCUCAGAAAAACGAAGAGAACACUCAAAUCGCAUAUCCUGAUGAGUAAAAUCUUCCUGUUAAAAAAAAUGAACAAAAUAACUUAAGAACCAUCGAUGGAAAUCAAAACUAUGAACCCACUGAGGACUGGAUUCAGAACAAUGCUCAAAAUCAAAGUGAAGAAAUUAGAUCUCAGGCUGAUCCAACUUCAGUGAAUUUCCUCAAGACAACUCAUAAUGAAGCUCAGUAUUGUGUAUGGCCUCUAUGUGCCUGUAUGCUCCUCUACAAUGUCUGGGCAUGGUCCUGAUGAGGCAACAAAUGGGCUCCUGGGGGAUCUUCUCCUAGACCUGGUUCAGGGCAUCAGUCAGCUCCGGAACAGUCUGUGGUGCCACAUGGCAGCGGUAGAUGAAAUGUUACAUGAGGUCCAAGUGGUGCUGAAUUAGAUUCAGGUCUGGGGAACAGGGGGGCCAGCCAAUCGCAUUAAACCUUCAACAUCUAGUACAUUACAGCAGCUAGGGAACGUCUGGCCAGCUUGUUGAGGUCUGUGCAGCCCUCCAAGGAUAUGCCUCCCCAGGCCAUCAGUAAUCCACCUUCAAACUGGUUAUGCUGGAUGAUGUUCAUGGUCAUGUCUGUGAUGUUCCAGGCAGAGGAACAUUCUCCAUAGCAUCACCAAACCCUCACGCAGUCACGUGUGAACAGAGUACCAAUGGUGAAACUGCCAAUUCUGGUGUUUUAGGGUAGGUGCCAAUCAGGCCUUUUGGCCACAGGCCAUGUGGGUGUGACACCUUGGAGGAGCUGCACUUGCUGAGCAACUUUUGCAAGCUUCAGAUACCACUAUUGUCUUGAUAAUUUCCUCUCCUAUCCACCUGUUGUCUGUCCCAUAUUAACAGCAUUUGUGAUGGAUGUACUUUAUUAUCAAGCUUCAUUGCUAAUCUGGAUGAUUUUUGAUCUAAUGGUGCUUUUUUUUUUUCAGACUUAUACUGCAUUUUAUUUAUGUUAUAAAAAGUAUUCAACAGAUAAAUUAUGUUAUGAAAUGGUCAGUUAUGGAAAAAAUGAAACCAAUCCAUGCAAAAAAUUCUGUCAUCCAUCAUUCCCUAAUAGCUGAAACAGAAGGGUAUAAAGAUUGUAACUAGCAUCAUGUCAGUCAUGUCAGUAUAAAGGCUGUAACGGAAUCAAUCAAGUAGUUAACUAAUUGCUUAACAUGUCGUCUCUUGUUAGAAUUUGUUAUUUAUGAUUAUUGUAAUGUAUUAUAUUUUUGUACUGAAGUAUGUAUGUUUAUUUAUUUAUUAUGUUUUUUUCAGGCAAACCAGUGAUGAUUAUCACUGAAUAUAUGGAAAAUGGAUCACUGGACACUUUCCUGAAGGUAGGACAGAGAAGGACAAGAAUACUGUAGAAUGGGUCAUGGGAAAUCGUUAGAGCAUAAAGCAAAGUAUAAUGCAUAUAAGAGUUCAUAACACUUUGAUAUAUAGUGAGAAGAAGAUGGAGGACGAAAUGUUAAUGAUUUGAUGAAUAAAUAAAUAAAACACUCAGCUUUGUAUCAGUGUACUUAAGUAGCUAAGUGAUUGACAUGGGCAAUGUUUGAGAGCCUUUAUUUUCUGGUAUUAUAUGAGAGAAGGCUAUAAUUAUUAUUAUUACUCAGUGUCUCAUUUUACUUAUUUGAGCAGAAGAAAGAAAAGAAUACAAUUCAGUUAUGAAAAUGUAGAUAGGAUAUUUCAUUUUUAUCCGUCAUGUCUCGUGUUGCCUACCUGGUAGAUCUUUCAAACCUGUCUAAACAUAUUCAAAAUCCUUCACCAAACUGUGAGGGGUAUUACCUUGCUGGAAUUAACAUGAAUUAACAUGAGCAUUCAUGGCUGGAAUUAUGUCUGCACCUCCCAGCUAAUAUGGACCUUAUUGUGUGAAAAUGUAAAAAUGGAGGGACUGACGAAUCUGAAUUUAGAGGUCCCUCUCCAGAAUACUGUCGUGUAUUUACUGUUUAUAAUGGCAAGAUUCUGGGUUGGCAGACAAUGCUAAAUCCCACAUAAAAAAGGGAUAAAUACCUGCAGCACUAACAAAACAGUAAGAUCAUAAUCCAGAACAGAAAUUACUUAUGUAUCAGGAAAAUGACACCAAGGAUGUGUUUGAGACGUACCUUUCCACUACCAAGAUAUUGCCACCUAGACUGUGUGAAAUGAGAUAAUGCCGAGAGACAAACGACAGAGGAAGGUCGUUGGAGAUGUUCUUUAUGGGCACUGGAAACUGCUGACACGACUUGUUUCUUGCCUCUGGGAGUAAUCCCGGAUGGCAAAGGCAAGACAGUGGGGCUGGGGGCCCUGCAGGCAGAGCAGUAAAAAAACUCUGUGAAGUAAUUACAUGGAUGGCUGGUGUACUGAGGUCAGGAUAAAUGACAUGAGACAUGAAAGAGGCAGGGGUGAGACCGGUUGCUGGAUUUAGUGUCACAGCUAUGGGCAAUGUACCAUAAGGUUCAUACCUCACAUCUGAGGCUUGACAUCUCAUUUCACUUGUAAAUGUGUUGCUCAUGUUGUGGAAAGACAGUUUGUUCAUUAGCAACAAAUUAGUUCAAAGUUAGAGCUGUCAAAAAAGGUUUCCAUGGAGAGGGGUAGAUUGCUGCAUGACUAAGGCACUCAUAAAUGACCCUUUUUUGAGGACUUAUUUUAAUGCCACAUGUUUAAUAUCACCAUGUUAAAAUUUUCUACUGUGUUUAAAGCACACUCUUAUGCGACAAUGAACCAUAAAAACUAAAAGAAAUGGUGGCAGCUCAGUGCCGCACUUACCUCGGUUAAAAAGAAAUUUGAUUGUAAGUGUAUGUAAUCAACAAGUUCUCAAAAGAGUAUUUUAAUGUCAAACCUCUAGGGGACUAUUUUCACUUAAAACAAGUGCUGAUUUUACCCAGAUUUAUGAGCCGUGCAGCAAAGCGCUGUGCAGAAGCAUUAUCAGUACUUAAAAAACUGAAAGGGUAUGCAAGGUUGUCAGCAUUAGCAGUUUAAGUUGCUGUCAAAGUAAUUGUUUUAUUUUCACAGCUUUUAGAAAUAACAUUCUGAUUUGGCGGAAGAACUAUUUUUGAUAAUUGUUCAUAAGUAGUUCAGUGAAGAUCAACACGGAUGUUUUGUGUCUUUUUGUCUCUUUCAGAAAAAUGAUGGUCAAUUUACUGUCAUCCAGCUGGUUGGUAUGCUGCGUGGCAUCGCAUCUGGGAUGAGGUACAAACAAAGGAUUGUGUUGCUGUGCAGAAAUACAAAAGCACAGUGCUUAGGCUUAAACCUCUUCUCUCUGUUUUUGGUCAUUGUAGAUAUCUGUCCGAUAUGGGCUACGUCCAUCGGGAUCUUGCAGCUCGUAAUAUCUUAGUCAACAGUAACCUUGUGUGUAAAGUGUCUGAUUUCGGCUUGUCCCGAGUCUUGGAGGAUGAUCCGGAGGCUGCGUACACCACACGGGUAAGACUGUGCAUGUGUGUUUGACAGUGGUGCAGCUGCCUUUCAUUUUCAGCCUAAAGGUCUUAGCACACUCCAGAGUCCAUCGAUAUCCUGAAACAUCCAGAAAUUAUUAAUUCUGUGGCUGUUUUAUUAGCCCUCUUUUCCUACUGUUGUUGUUCUUUUUUAAUGAGUAAAAGAACAAUAACAUCACCCUCACUGCUCGAGAAAAGUGUUAACUCUUCUGUAUGCACAACACACUUGCACACACAACAGAGGGCACUGGGUUUUCACCCAAACUGAGCUGUUAGUCCUGGUUUGAGUGGCAUCCUGUCAACCAGAAAGUAGGCUGCUUCCUUUAGAGGAUGACCAAUUAUGACUCUGCUCAGUCAUCCCUAACUUCAUGCUACCAGCUCUAGAAUUCGUGUCUCUCUCUCCUCCUGUGAAGGAGCUUUAAGAAUAAAUCUGAAGAUAUCAGAUUUAUCUCACUGCUGUUUUUAUCACUGUUGCAUCAAGGCAUCGAGAUAAUUCCAACACAUCUCAGAAAACAGCUUCCCCUGUGAGACAUAGAAGUCAUCUUGAAUAAAAGAGAAGUUCACACAAUCAAUUUAAUUAAUAAUUCAUAAUCUUAUUAACAAUUGCCCGGUCAAACGGUGUUUUAGUUCGUUUCACGACUGCAUUCAGAAAUUGUUCUUCUCAUCAGUCAAGUACACUCAAACACAAGGUUGAGAGGCUGACAGUGAUGCAGGUGGAGGCUCCUCUUGUGUCCUGGAUUAUUGACUCCAGUAGACCACAAUCGGUACGCUUACAACACUGAGUCAGACAGAGUGGUCAGCAACACCGGAGCCCAGCAGGGGACAGUCUUAUCUCCUUUCCUUUUAACUCUCUACACCACAGACUUCAACUACACCACAGAUUCCUGCCACAUUCAGAAAUUGAAAAACUAUUGUAGUUGGAUGCACCAGACUGUGGUGGAUAACCAUCACCAGCUCAACAUGAUGAAGUCUAAGGAGCUGAUAGUGGAUCUGAGAAGAAGAACAAAGGCACCAGUGACCCCUGUUUCCAUCAGGAGGUUCGUGUGGACAUUGUUGAGGACUACAAGUACCGUGGAGUGUACUUGACCAACAAACUGGACUGGUCUAAGAACUCUGAAGCUGUCCACAAGAAGAGUCUCAGCCGUCUCUACUUCCUCAGGAGGCUGAGGUCCUUGAACAUCUGCAGGACCAUGCUGAGGAUGUUCUAUAAGUCGGUGGUAGACCAGUGUGAUCCUGAUGGUGCCAACUGACUCAAGAAACUUUUCCUCAAGGCCAGUGACACUGUGGGAGUAAAGCUGGACUGUAAUCUUGGAGAGCAUCCACCACCAACUGCAUAACAUGUUGGUUAAACACAAGAGCACAUUCAUUGUCAGACUCAUUCCCCCAAAAUGCACCACAAAGUGUCACAGGAAGUCAUUCUUACCUGUGACCAUCAGCCUAAUUUCAAUCUAAUUUCUUAUUUCUAUACUUUAUCUGUUGAUAUUUGUAUUUUCAAGAGCAACUGUAAUGACUAAAUCUUCCUGGGAUAGAUAAACUAUUCUGAUUGGCUGAUUGAAAUGUUCUUCUUCUGAUCACAGGGUGGUAAGAUUCCUAUCCGCUGGACGGCUCCAGAAGCAAUCGCGUACAGGAAGUUCACCUCAGCGAGCGACGUGUGGAGCUACGGUAUCGUCAUGUGGGAGGUGAUGUCAUAUGGAGAGAGGCCUUACUGGGAGAUGUCAAAUCAAGAUGUGAGUUUGAAGCAGCAUUUUCAUGUCAGUACUUGAUGGUUUGGUUUGAUUUGUCAUGGUCUAUUUUAUGACAUGACUGCUGUGAAAACUAUCGUGAUACCCAAGGCAGUAUUACUGGGCUGUGUAGAGGUGGAAGGGCCAAUUGACAAAAACAGUAAAUAAAUAAGUUAAGACCUACAUGGGAACACUCCAAAGACCGACCAUGUACAGGCUGUACACUACACUCUCCCUCCAUUUCUUCAUCUUCCUAACUCUCAAACACACACAGACAGCCCACAUAUGCACGUACAGCCCUCCAAUGACCUCUUCAUCCCCUGCAUCAUACUUCUCUCUUCUCCUCUUGGUGAUUAAGCUGCCUGUCUCCGACAAGUUUAGAGCCAGGGAGGGGAGGAAAGGAGAGGAGAGCAGGAUGAGGGGAUAGCAGCGAAGAAGACGUUUGAUGUUUAAUUGAAAGUGUUAUGCUGGAUUUUCUCUGAUCUCUACCAGAAAGUGCAGGCUCUCACACUCUCUUUCUUUAAGCUCUUUCCUUCUGUUUCCCAAUUCUGUUCCUCAUUUCUUCCUCCUGUGUUUUUUUCUUUGUCUCUUUAAAAAAAGAAAAACUGUAUACUAUCUUCCCUCAUUUCAGCCUGCUCUUUCUUUUCCCACCUCGGUCCCUCAUUUUCUUCCUCUGAUCUUUCCUUCCUGCUAGUCAGCUAUGUGUGUAGUUCUCCCUCUCAGCAGGUAAGGAUGGUUUGAUGCUGCAGUUCCCCUUACAUUUUGGUGCAGUGGGUGUAUGGUGCAUUCAUUUAUACUGAAGUGCUAUCAUGUUAGUCUUUUUGUUUGAAUACGAUACAAGUAACUGUCAUGAACUCGACACAUCAGUGCCCCUCAGUGUCUUGCUCUGGCAGAAUCAGGCUGAGAACUGCAGCCUGUUUUUCUCAGCAGGGUCCACCAGGGAAAGCCAGGUUUAUUUAUUAUUCAUCUACCCACCAUCCCCACCUGAAACAACAUACCUGUCAGUGUUUUCUGACAAGUGUGUUAUUUCUACUGGGAUUUACAAUGUUUCGGAUAAACUAUGUAACUUUUAGUGUACCGUAAAACCUUUAGUAGAGGCCCAUCCCAAUUACAGGCAGGGUCUUUCUUAGUUGCAGGGCAGGGCUACAUGUUUUGACAAUGAAAGGCAGGUCUCAAUCAAAAGCCUAUUUAUAUUAUUUUUGAUUUUUAUUUUGGCAAUGAAACGCUGCAUUUUUAACCCUCACAGAGACAGUACAAAACAUUGAGAUGACUAUAGUGGCUGAGGGAACACAUUGGAUUUUGUCAGAUUGUCAAAUUUGCUCAGCUAAAGGAGCAGAAAGACACUUCACCAAUGAUUUAUAGGAGAAUUGGAGGAAACAUAAAGCUGAACUUUAAUUUUUGAACAAGCAUGUCAUUGAUCAACCUCAGCCUGCCAUGAGUUUGUCACGAAAAGGAUAAAGAAAUGUGACUGCUUGUGCUGGCUUUGAAGAUAGAAGUAUUAUUAUUUAUAAUUGUUUCCAUCUUUAAACGACAAUAAAACAUACAGGCAGGCUGAGUUUCUAGAUUAAACCAAAUAAAAGCCCAGGCUACUAAUUAAAGUUUUUAACGUACAAAACAAUACAAAGCAAGAACUUUAAUCAUUCUUAAAGGGAAAUUUAUGUGGCUCAAAUCUCAUCUCAUCUACUAUUCUUAGGAGAAUAUGUUAUAAUAAUAUGUGAAUAUUAUAAUAUGAUGGUAUUCCCUUAAAAAGGAUUUAUUUUAGCUUACUUUCUUUUCGAUGGUUUGAGUGUCGCGUCAGACAGACAGCAGUUGCAUCCCUGCAGAAACAUCAGGUUUUUAUUCUCCUGGUAAAAAACUGCUGAAGCUUGUUGUCCGCUUAUAAUAAUGGAAUAUUUUUUAAGAUAUAGAUGAAUCAAAAAAGUUGUGUCCUCUCCAUACCCUGUUGGAAAACUUUGGGUUUCAUGUCAAGGUCUUUUCUUACUGUAUGAACUUCCACUUGAAGACACUUUUAUUUAAGAAGAUGUUGGAGUUGACUUGUGGCCUUCUUGUACUCCAAAAAAGAGGAUUGAGACUUAUUUAUUUUUUUUAAUCCCAGAUCCAAGUACUGUUAAUCUAUCCUACUGUCUUUAUGUCCAUGUCUGAAAUUACAAACAGCCUAUUUGAAAGCACAUCCUUUACUGUGCCCAUGUCUCUCUGCAGGUAAUAAAAGCAGUAGAAGAGAGCUACAGGUUACCAGGUCCUAUGGACUGUCCCGAGGCUCUGUACCACUUAAUGAUGGACUGUUGGCAGCGAGAACGCAACAGCCGCCCCAAGUUUGACGAGAUAGUCUGUUUGCUAGACAAACUCAUUCGCAACCCUAGCUCGCUGAAAAAGCUAGUCAACUCUUCACACAGGUAUGGAUCACAAAUCACAACAUAUUUUCACAACCUCAGCUGUAGUCUUUGAGUGUGGACGCUGGGCAAAGCGUAAAAAAAACAGAAUUUCAUGGGUUUUGCAUUUUAUGUACACAUCACAACAAACCACCACAUGUAGUUUUGGGAAUAUAAUUUACAGCAAACACACUGAUUAAACAUUUUCAGAUUGAAUGUAAAUAAAGCCAAUUUAGAGGUCUUGUUUUGCUGCAAAUAAAGUCAGGAUGGAUGUACUUCAUGAGUGCUGCAUGCCAAAAAAGAGGCAUGAUUAUCAUCCAGUGGCUCAUUAGUGUAAAUUGUAUUCAGCGGGAUAUCCUCAGAAAAUCUCACAUUUGAACACUCAGUUAGUAUCCACACUAUACACGCACUGAAUCAGUUUUAAUGACGUGAAACAGCUAUUAAUGCUGUGAAGCAGAUAUUCAAUCCAACAUCCCCACAACUUCACCGCCGAUGUGUGAAAUUUAAAGACACAUUAGAAACACCUAUUAAUUCAGUGUCGCAUCCAAUAACCCAUGCAAUAACAUGAUGUUAGAUUAUAGUGGAUUGUUGUUCUAUAUGAUACUCCUUUAGCCACAGUGUUAGCUCGCAUGAGUGUCUUUGUUUGAUAGUGUGGAAAUCCCGUUCUUGCAUGGAAAAUUGGGCUGAAUGUCAAAGAAUGAAAACAUGUUUUGUUUGAUUGUGCACUAUAAAGCUUCACUGGAAACGUUCAGAGGUUUUAAGGCCUGAGCUUCAAAAUAUAAUUGAGUGCACAAUGAAUAUUACAUCUUAUGUUUAUGUAAAGUGAAAUGAGAAAGGGCUUGAAAAAAAAAACCUUUAUUCAUCCGAUAAUAUGUCAUCUAGAUGGUGCUCUGUAUUCAUAUGAGCAUGUUAUGUGCUUCAACAUGAUAACUGUCUGACUCGUUCUUUUGCUGUAUUUUUUUAUUGUAUAAGGGUUUCAAACCUGUUAGUGGAGCAUGCAAGUGUAGAAGGGGAGUGCAGCACUCGGAACCAGACCGUUGGAGAGUGGCUUGACUCGAUCAAGAUGGGCCGAUACACCGAGCUCUUCAUGGAGGGAGGUUACUCUUCGCUGGAAACAGUCACUCAGAUGACUUCAGAGUAAGACGAGUCACUUAAAGUCAUAAACGCAUAGGCUACUGAGACAUCUUGCCAUGCAAAAAAAACAAAAAACAAACAUUUAGUUAUAGUGUUUAAGUUAAGUUAUAUGAGAUCAGUAACAGAGGGGUAAGACUAGACAAGUCUUUGACUUCUUCUUACCCCUUUUUUGGACAUGUGGAUACUCUGGUUUUGUUUUUGUUCUAAUUUUGUUGUGAUAAGUGAGAUUUAUGUGCUUCUAAGUGAGGCACUUAGUUUGUUUAAUUAUUAACUGUUGUUUUGUGUGGUUUUUUAUAUACAUUUUUUUUAACCAUGUCCAGAAAUAAAUAAAGAAAGAAAGAAAGUUUGGGUUUGGGUUUAAAAGCAAAUACAAAAAAAUCAAUGCUUGAAAUUGAAACCCUUAAUGUUUCUAAAAAUCUUUAAAGAAAAACCCCAGACCUUGCAUUUAUGUCUUUUGUAGGGACAUUUUAUUCAUAUAGCAUAAAAGCAAAGUACAUUAAAAUAAGCACACUAUUAUCUUUAGCUCUUUUUAAAGUUUGAGAACAGUAAUUUUGCAUCAUACCUUUUUAUUUGUCAACAGGCUGCUCUGUAAAUACGAUUGUUUGUGUGCCGUUUUGCAGGGAUUUGAGAAGAGUGGGAGUGAACCUCGCUGGACAUCAGAAAAAAAUCAUCACAAGUAUUCAGGAGAUGAGAGUUCAUAUGAACAACAUGAGCUCCACCAUUAACAUCUGAUGCACAAGUAAAGCAACCCAAAAACAGACACACACAAACACACACACAUGAUUUAUGGACCUAGUAAGAGAAAAGUUUUGCUGUUGGACCUAGAGCGGCUUAGCACUUUCUAUGGGAACCCUGUCUUUAUGGAUCUAAACUGGAGGAACCACAUUUUUGUGGAGUUUUUUAGAGGAGUUCGUUCGUGGAGAUUUGUGACACGGCGGCAUGAAAUAAAACUGGAUUUAACUGAGUGGUGCUACAUAAAGGGAAGAUGAUAGUUAGCUCAACUUGACUGAGACCAAGUGAAGACUUUAUUUUGAGUGAAUCUUGGGGAUUACAACAUUUCUUGCACUGCUUGGAUUCUCUCAGAUCAGAUAAGAAACAAACACUACAGAUCUGGCUUUGAGAGCAACCAGCACUUUUCGACGAUUUCACAAAUAUGGGAGUUUCAUACAGCAGGCUGCAACUGAUCGAUGUCAGCGUGUCUCAGGGGAACUGAACCCAGGGGCUCGAAACAAUAAUGACAUUAUCUCUGGGAAUCUCAUCUGAAAGUGAAGUACACAUCCAUAACCUGUCAACGAACUGAACACCAUUCAACCAGGGUAGACGCGUGACAAUGGACCGAGUCAGUGAGUGCUUUGCCAUGCUGACAUGCUUUGGAUUGAGUGUUCUUGUCUCAGGUAGGUCUUCAUGCAGAAAGACUGCAGUUAUAACCCAAUGACUCAAAAUAAAAGCCUAGACUCAUACUCUGCAAUAUCUAUAUCACUAUAUUUCAGAGCAAUGCUAGACUAGUGUGGCAAUUUUACAGUUUCUACAGGCUGAAAAUCAAACUACUGAAAAUAAUGAUUUACUGUAUAUGUCUGGAAGGAUUUCGGUCUCAAUGUACCCAGAGAUCAAAACUCUAAAUGAACCAGGGGCUUUAGGGUUAAUAUAAAACUUUCUUCUUGCAGAAUGUAUUGGCCUACACUUUCACACCUAUAUAAACAUAACUUUGUCUAAGAUUCAGGGUAAUUUCAUGUAGGUUUAGCUACCAGUCAACUCUUUGAAAUUAGUAACUCGGCAUCUCUCAGAGUCAUUGGAUCCUCCACACAGAUUCUCAAGGAGCCUUGCAUCAGAAGUUCUGUUCAAAGGAACUGCAACCGGGCGCUCAAUCCAGUGGAAAGUAAAGGAAAGCAAAAAUAGCCUCAAUGGUGUAUCCGUACCUGUCGUGAUGGGACUGCCUCUUGGAUCCAGACGGCAUUGUUUGUUAUGAUGGAACCUUUUGCUCAAACCCUAAUGGAGUCUAUCCAGACAGCCUUCACUCCAGAGUGCACUCAGAUUUUCAUGGAGCCUUCAACAACAACAACCAACAACCUUCAGGUACCGCAGAAAAUCCUCAGCAAUCCGUUCAUUCACCACACCACAGUCUUUCUGCACCAUACGUCCGCCACACCACAAUGAACCUCACUCUUUAAGGACUGCUACAGAUAAGGAGGCAAUAUUGAUCAACUUGAUAAUUAUUUAUUUAUUGAACUUUGUCGAUGAAAAAAAAGCAAAGGUGAUGCGGACAGUUUGCGUCCCAUCAUAAUACUCUCUCUUUCUGACUACUAAAAAGCUUUGUCUACAUGUCUUUCAUGUAUAUAUUGUAUUAUACAACUGAAGCAGGGAGCAUUGUUUUUUCUUUCCACCAUUAUGCAGACAGAUUGGCAUACAUCAAACAUCUUAAGUAGUACACAUAAGAUAUUCUCGAUCAGCUUUCCUACUACCAAGACCGAGGCCACUGUCAGGUGGAGGCAACCAGCACAUCUGUCCCUGAAGCAGAUGUUAAAGAAAUACAAGCAUAUUGAAUAUUAAUCUUAUUUUGUCAGUUACUGUGUUUGUUUUCUUAAUUUACAGUUAUAUUCAGCUCCCUAAAGGGACAGCAAUAAAUACGUUGCUGUAUUAAAAUAGUAAGAGGUUUGUACAGAGAUUGUUUUAUAAAGUGGUUUCAAGUAUACAAUGAUGUCAAUGUUAAAGCCCUUUCUUUACUUUUUCUUGGUAUGGUAUGUUUAAAGUCGCUACUCAGUACUUCAUUGCUGAACUUGACCCUUUUUUUAACCAGUGUGUUCACAAAAGGAGGAGUUCUGGUUGUAUAUUUACGAUCCUUACAGAUGACAAAUUUCUUUUUUAACAUAUAAACACAAUGAACUGCUAGUGCUGUAACAAUGGAAAUGAAAAACGAUUGUAAAGCUAGCUUUGUAUGGGUGGUACCACUUGAUUAUGAAAAGGAUAGUAGAGCAGACAAGAAGAAUGUAAGUUUCUAAGGAGGUGUUAGAAAAAAAAAUUGUCAUUUUAAACACACAGGUCUUCCUGUCUAUUCAAAAUGAGUUGAAGAAGAAGCAUAAUUGGUGGUGAAAAGCAACCUGAUAUGAUCACUAUCAUACUUCUUGAGUGGUUUAAUGAUUUAAUGUGAGAGGGGAAUGUUCACUAUUUCAUGUUCAUUAUUAUUCCAUUUUGUGAUGGAAGUCAAAAUGUUCGACUGAAGUGAGCGCUUGCGUGAACGAUAACCAUCUGCAUAUUCUCUGAAGUCUAAAUUUGUGGCUUACUCCUGAUCUAAUAUUUGUUAAUAUCUUUUGGUUUCAACUGUGAAGAACACUAACAGUUGGCGCUGUUACUUUAAUAAGCCACAGUUGUUGUUUUUUUUAGGUUCAGGCAGGUCUUGCAUUCAAAAAUGCCACCAGCUCUAUGGUAGUGAAACAGAUGUACUCAAGGUUCAUUAUAGCGGCCGUGCAGACCUUAAAUUUUGGACAAGGUGUGUACAGAGAACAAAAAAGCGCUGGGAAAUCAUCAGCAGAGAUUCAGUCAAAGUCCUCUUGGUCUUACGUUACACCAUUGGUAUUAGAUGAUAUUUAAAUGUUGUGAUCCCACCAAAAGUUUUUGGAUUUGGACUUUUAACAACCACUCGUUUCAACUUGAUUUACUACUGAAAAUGUUUGCCCAGGGCAUGAAUAAUCGAUAAAUAUUGCACCAUCUGAAGUGCCUCUCUUCUUUAAACCACCAUGAUUUUCUCCCCUACCACCAAAUGCUCUGCCCCAACUCUGCCACGACUUUCUAUGUAUUUGCCAACAGUAUCUAGAGGCAAUAAGAAGAAUGUCAGAUAAUAUGUAUGUUGGAACUACUUUAAUUUGCACUUUAUGAUCUUUUUUAUUUUAUUCUUUUCUAACUUCGAUUGUCUGAUUCUAUGAGAGUUAAUGAAUUUCUUGCUAUGUUCCCUCAUGCUGACUAUAUCACUUAUGUUCGUAACGCUCCCUAUAGGAUAAAACAGAAAGCACAAAGGGUUGGUAAUAUUUUUUUGAAACAAAGCAAAGCUAUAUGUAGAAAAGUAGAGCAUCAUCAGGGCACCCGUUUCUUGCUAAUGGCACAGCAAUACACCUUCAGAAUGUAAGCACAGGAUCGAGAGAGAACAUAUAAGACAGAGAAAGAGUAUGAGUUCAUUUUUACAAGGCCUUUGGUUUCGCUAACUUCAGCCCCACUGUUUAUCUGGGUAUCUGAUGUUGUUGGGAGCUGCUGGUCUUAAGAGCACAGCAAAUAAUAAUCCCAUCCAGCACUUUUGUAAAGACCAUUUCGCCCAGGCUGAGUAAUUAUCAUUUAGCAGAACAAAGUAGCAAAGGAAGCACACCAGCAGAGUCUACAUUUAUUUAUGUGUUGUGACUCAAGAGUGGGUGUCAGCUAGAACUGAGUCAAGCAUGUAUUGAAAUGAAGAGUUGUGUAGAAUUUUUAUGACAUAACACAUUAAUACGAUAUUUGAAGCAAAAACUCUGUUUUUAAAAUUGACAUUUUAUCACAUCAAUGUAUGACUUUUUUUCUUUUGUAAUAAGUUUUUGCAUUCACACUCAUUGGAGUUGGCCAUUCUGUAAAAUGUGCUCAAACUGUUGGAUCUGAUAUUACUAAAUUUUAGCAUAUGUAUAAAAGCAAUACCUGAUGUUCAGAGCAAAAAAACAAAUGCAUAAACAUAUUUGAGGUUGCACUAACAUCUUUUGAAGACAAAAUCUUUAGAAACAUUUUGUCUGUGUCUUUGAAAACUAAUAAAUGGAGCAGAGGGGUGAGCAGGGUCAUAUUUAACCCUUCUCUAAGGUAGACAAAAUUCAGAUAUCUUACACUGAUAAGACUAGUGUUUUCAACAUAAUGCAUAACCAUCCAUAAAACUUAUACUAGUUUUGGAAAAAGAGACUUUCUCAAAAGCUUUAAGAGCUCAAAUAUGAACGUUUGUUCAAAGAAAGUCCAAGAUUCACGGCUGUACAUAUGUAACUUCUCAGGAAGUGAUUAAAAGGUACAUUUAUUUGGUCAUCACAUAUUUGGUCUUGGUCAGCAGUAUUUAGGUUUUAUGACCGUGUUAUUGGCAAGUAACACAGAAGGUUUCAAUCAAUUCGAUUACUGAUCUAUGAUUCUUCAAAAGCACACUAAAAAAAUACGAAGCAAUUGUUGUGUUAUUGGUUUGUCUUUGAGACUGUCGCAUAUUAUGUUUGUGUCUAUGUUUUUGUAGUGUAACAAAUUCUUUAUUUUUGUAAUAAACAUUUGAAAAAAUCAA